AUGCCCGUUCCAUAUGCAAAGAUGAAACAUCUUUGGCCGUUGGUGGUAUGGAUACUACUAUCCUCGUGUCCGGCCGAAUCGCAGACGGGAUUUGGCCGAGGACCGAGGCGAGAAGUGUUCUUCCUGAACCUCGAGGAUGGCUACUUCGGUUGCCAGGUGAAUGCCUCGAAGGACGUGCUGCAGUUGCUCCAACUGUCGAAGCUGUGCGACGAUCACAUAGACUGCUUCCAAGGUAGCGACGAGCAUCGGGAGAGGCUCAAGUGCACCGACGACUGCGCGAAAGACGGCAGCACGUGCCAGAACGGAGUGUGCUUGGAUGGAGUCUGCCACUGCAACGACGGCUUCGGCGGCUGCAACUGUCAGGUCCCCGACGAGAACGAAUGCAAGUACCGGCCCUGUGAUAUUUUCGCCCACUGCACCAAUACGCUGGGCAGCUUCCAAUGUUCCUGCUACCCUGGCUAUCGCGGCGACGGCUUCCACUGCGAAGACAUCGACGAGUGCGACGACCCCGUGCUCGCGGCGCGAUGCGUGGAGAAUGCCGAGUGCUGCAACUUGCCGGCCAACUUCCUGUGCAAGUGCAGGCCCGGCUUCAGCGGCGACGGCGAGGUCAGCUGCCAAGACAUCGACGAGUGCGCCAGGCCUGACGCCUGCGGCUUGGGCGCGCUCUGCCUCAACAGCCCCGGCAACUACAGCUGCGCCUGCCCCGAUGGCUUCACCGGCGACCCCCUCGAUCACUGUGUCGACGUGAACGAGUGCAAUUACGAGAGAGCCUGCGGACGAGGGGCUCUCUGCGUCAACUUGCCGGGCGGCCAUAGGUGCGAGUGCCCCGAGGGCUUCGACGGCAGCCCCGAGCACGAGUGCCUCGACGUCAACGAGUGUCUUCGGAGUCCCUGCGGUCGUUCCGCUCUCUGCACCAACUUGCAGGGCACUUACAGGUGCAACUGUCCCGAGGGCAUGGACGGCGAUCCCAUGACUGGCUGUAGAGAUAUAAACGAGUGCGAGAACAGUCCUUGCGGUGCGGACUCACAGUGCGUGAACACAGAGGGGAGCUUCAGGUGUGAAUGCAUGACGGGUUACCAGAUGGACCCGGUGCACGGCUGCAUCGAUCUUAACGAGUGCUCACAGGCUAACACUUGCGCCACUAACGCCAAAUGCAUCAACAUACCAGGAUCGUUCAAAUGCAUCUGCCUGCAGGGCUUCGUCGGCCAAGGACUCACCAACUGUGAAAAUGUUAACGAAUGCGAGAAAAGUCCAUGCGGCGAGAACGCCGAGUGCCUCGACGCUAUCGGCAGCUUCGUCUGUAGCUGUAAGACUGAUUACACCGGCGAUCCCUACAAGGGCUGCACUGAUAUCGACGAGUGCACUGCCUACGAGAACCCCUGCGGCUCCAACGCGAUAUGUAGAAACGCCGAUCCUGGAUUCUCGUGCGAGUGUCCGCCUGGUUACAGCGAAAAUCCUAGUCCCAAAGUAGCUUGCGAUCAGACGGACGUCACGACGCUGUGCAAGUCGAACUUUGACUGCGUCAACAAUGCCGAGUGCAUCGAGGGCCAGUGCUUCUGCAAGGAGGGCUUCAAGGCCGCCGGGGCAGUCUGCGAGGACCUGAACGAGUGCGCGGCGAGCCCCUGCGGACCGUCGUCCGUGUGCACCAACACCAAGGGCGGCUUCAAGUGCGAAUGCGAGACUGGCUUCGUCGGCAGCCCGCCGCAUCUGCCCUGCAAAGCGCCGUGCGACGAGGUGACGUGUAGCGAGCACGCCUACUGCAAGGCCGACGGCCACGAGGCUUAUUGCAUAUGCGAGGACGGCUGGACGUACAACCCCAACGACAUCGCAGCGGGAUGCGUCGACAUCAACGAGUGCGACCCGGUGGUCAACGGACCGUCCGGUCGCUGCGGCAAGAACGCCGUCUGUACAAAUACUCCCGGAGGCUUUAGCUGCCAGUGCAGGUCGGGAUACUCUGGCAACGCCUUCAAACAAUGUUUAGAUGUAAACGAGUGCUCGAGGGCCGACUCGUGCGGACACGGCGCGACUUGUACGAACAACGAAGGUUCGUACACUUGCUCGUGUCCCGAAGACACGGUGCCCGAUCCCGACCCCUACACCAAGUGCGUGGGCAUCGUCACGUGCGACUCGGACAGCGACUGCCCGGGCAACGCGGUGUGCGACGCCCAGAAGCGCUGCUUGUGCCCCGAACCCAACGUCGGCAACGACUGCAGGCAUCCCUGCGAAGAUCUGUCCUGCGGGCCGAACGCCCACUGCAUGCUGCUGAACGACGCGGCGACCUGCCUGUGCAAGAGCGGCUUCACGGGCCGGCCGGGCGUGAAGGACGGCUGCCGCGACGUCGACGAGUGCGCGGUCGACCCCUGCCCGCCCGGGGCCGUGUGCAACAACGAGGCGGGCUCGUUCUCGUGCCAGUGCCCCAGCGGCAUGAUCGGCGACCCCCACGACGGCGGCUGCGAGCAGUCGAAGCUGCCGCACGAGUGCGGCCCGAGCACCCCCUGCCCCCAGGGCGAGCAGUGCGUCAAGGACGAGUUCGUCGGCAGCAGCGUCUGCAUCUGUCAGCGGGGCUACACGAGGGACCCGGACUCCGGCAAGUGCCGCGACACGAACGAGUGCUUGGAGUCCAGGGACAAGCCCGCCUGCGGAGUCAACGCCAUCUGCAAGAACCUGCCGGGCAGCUACGAGUGCCAGUGCCCGCCCGGCUUCAACGGCAACCCGUUCUCGCUGUGCGAAGAGUGCAACAGCAUCGAGUGCCAGUGCCAGCCGCCGUACAAGAUCGUGGACGGCAAGUGCAUUCUGGCCGACUGCUCCAAGGGGGAGAGGUGUCCCGCCGGCGCCGAGUGCAUCAGGAUCGCCGGCGGCGUCAGCUACUGCGCCUGCCCCAAGGGCUACAGCACCAGGCCCGACGGAUCUUGCGAAGACGUGAACGAGUGCACGGAGGGACGUCAGGUGUGCGGCUACGGCGCCGAGUGCAUCAACAAGCCCGGCUCGUACGAGUGCGCCUGUCCGCACGGCUACGGCGGCGACCCCUACAACGGGCUGUGCUCGGCGGCCCAGAAGAGGUGCCUCAGCGACAACGAGUGUCGACCGAACGAGAAGUGCGUCCAGCCGGGCGAGUGCAUCUGCCAGCCGCCGUUCUACACCGACCCCUACGACGGCAACCUCUGCAAGAAUCCGUGCGACCGGUUCCCCUGCGGACUGAACGCCAAGUGCACGCCCAGCGACCCGCCCAGGUGCAUGUGCCAGGCCGGCUACGAGGGCGACCCCGAGUACGGCUGCCUGGACGUGAACGAGUGCGCCGACAACCCGUGCGCGCGCGGCGCCUACUGCCUGAACACCAAGGGCGGCCACGAGUGCGAGUGCCCGCGCGGCAGCUCGGGCGACCCCUACGGGCUCGGCUGCAGCGGCGGCCCGCAGGCCAAGCAGGAGUGCUCCUCCAACGACGACUGCGAGCACUGGCUGGCGUGCGUGCAGGGCAGCUGCGUGAACCCGUGCGACAACGUGCCCUGCGGCCCGAACGCCUACUGCGAGCCGGACAAGCACGCCGCCUGGUGUCGCUGCGUCAUCGGCUACGCCGAGGGCACCAACAACGAGUGCGUCUCCGAGUGCGAGGGCUUCGCUUGCGGCGCCGGGGCGCAGUGCAUCAUCAGCUACGACGGUCCCACCUGCAAGUGCAUCGAGGGCUUCACGGGCAAUCCGUUCCCGGGCGGCCAGUGCGCGCCGGACGUGUGCUCGCCGGAGGUGCCGUGCGCCGAGCCCAGCAUCUGCAUCGGCGGCCGCUGCAAGAGGCGCUGCGAGGGCGUCGUCUGCGGCAUCGGCGCCAUGUGCGACCCGCUCGCCAACAAAUGCGUCUGCAACCCGUACUUCGUCGGCAACCCCGACUUCCUCUGCAUGCCGCCGAUCCAACCACCCAAGUGCGAACCCGCAUGCGGCAGCAACGCCCACUGCGAGUACGGGCCUGCCGAGUCCAAGUGCGCGUGCAACGCCGGCACGAGCGGUAACCCUUACCUUGGUUGCGGUGCCCAACCCAAGUCCGACUGCUCGGACGUGAGCUGCGGCGUCGGCGCCCACUGUAACGUCGGUCCCAACGGCGCCGAAUGCCUUUGCCCAGCAGGUUAUGCCGGCAAUCCCUUCAUUCAGUGUUACGAUAUUAACGAGUGUAACGGAAACGCAUGCGGCAACAAUGCAGUGUGCAUUAACACGAUCGGCAGCUACGACUGUCGCUGCAAAGACGGUUACUUCGGCAAUCCAUUCGCGAGCUGUCAGCUCGUGGAGACCGGCGCCUGUCAAGAGCCAGCAUCGUGCGCCUGCGGUCCCGAACUCGCCUGUCCCUUGGAUUACAGCUGCGUCGCCGGUAGAUGCGUCGACAAGUGCAGCGACGUCAAGUGCGGCCCGCGCUCCGUGUGUCAGGACGGCGCCUGUGUGUGCCCGCCGGGCUACUCCGGUAACCCUAACGAUCCGCGGCGCGGCUGCCAACCGCACGGCCACUGCUCCAACGAUCUCGACUGCGAGCCACAGCAGAUUUGCUUCCAACUGGGCAAGGGCACGCGCAAGUGCGUCGACGGCUGCAGCAAGCUGCAGUGCGGACCGAACGCGUUCUGCGUCACCGAGAACCACGUGUCCUCCUGCCUCUGCGUCGACGGCUACUCCGGCAACCCGACUAAUCUCGCCGAGGGCUGCCAGCCGGGCAAAUCCGUGCUCGAGAUCGCUUGCCACGACCACCAAGACUGCGAUCGAGGCUCGUUCUGCCUGCUCGGCAUGAACGGACUGCGAGAGUGCGUCGAUCCCUGCGCCAGCGUGGCCUGCGGUGCUCACCAGAGGUGCGAAGCCGACCCGCACGGUCGAGCGGCCUGCAAGUGCCAGGACAAUUACGAGUGGAAUCCCAUCAGCUCCACUUGCGAGAAGCCCUCGGUGCCCGACUGCAUUUCCAACUCCGACUGCCUGUCCACUGCCGUUUGCAUGCCCGACGCCUUGGGCGUGCUCAAGUGCGUCCCCAUCUGCCAGACCUUCACCUGCACCGCCAACUCGCAGUGCGUCGCCUCGAACCAUCAGGCGCGAUGCGAGUGUCUCGCUGGCUUCAGCGGCAACCCCAACGACCGCUACGGCUGCCAGAGCGCUCGCAAAGACCAGUGCGUCAGCGACACCGAUUGUCCCGAGCACGAGACUUGCAGAUCCGCCAGCGACGGCACACUGUCUUGCCAGCCGGUCUGCAACUUCGUCAGCUGCGGGCCCAACGCGCUGUGCGUGGUGCGCAACCACGUGGCCAACUGCGAGUGUCCGCCUGGCUUGUACGCUGGCGAUCCCAAUGACCCGGCGAGGGGCUGCCAAACUGUGCCCUGCGUCUACAACAUCGACUGUCCGCCGACGCAGCUGUGCAACCUGCAGAAGCACCAGUGCCACGACGCCUGCGACAAGAACGCCUGCGGCUUGAACGCCGUGUGCAUCGCCGACGAUCACAAGGCCAUCUGCCAGUGCCCACCGGGCUACAAGCCGAAUCCUCUGGCCGACAUUGAAUGCUCGCCCCUCGAGAUCUGUCAGCCCAAUCCUUGCCACCCGACUGCCGUUUGCAUCGCCGGUGCGUCUAACACACCGAUCUGUCAGUGCCCGGCCAGUCACGUGGGCGAUCCUUAUGCUGGUGGCAAGGGCUGCCAGCUGGAAGGUCACUGCACCAGUAAUCGGGAUUGCCCUGUGCACUCCAUAUGUCGAAAUAGAAUGUGCAUUAAUCCAUGUGAGAGUGCUUGCGGUCGUAAUGCCGUGUGCGAAAUCGUCAGUGGAGAGCCGCAAUGCAAGUGUUUGCACAGAUUCGUACCCUCGAGUAAGGGCGCGCAAGAUGGUUGUGUGAGAUCUACGAGUCAGUGUUCUCAAGAUUCUGAUUGCGAUGAAAGUGUUUGUCUAGAUGGACAGUGUCGAGCUGUAUGUCGGUCAUCUAACGACUGUUCUGACGGUGAAAAGUGUAUAAACAAAAAAUGUGUGAUACCUUGUACAAAUCAUAAUCAAUGUCAGAAUAACGAAGCUUGUACAAACAGUAUCUGUAUGAUUGGAUGCCGUAGCAGUAGAGACUGCGGUUCAUCCCUGUCCUGCAUCAAUAACAAAUGCAAAGAUCCGUGCAAAGCCGAAAACGUGUGCGGCCCAAACGCUCUGUGCAGCUGCAUCGAUCACACGACGACAUGCUCGUGCCCGAUGGGCUUCCAGGGCAACCCAACUGCCCAGCAAGGCUGCGUCCGAGUGCCCAGUUCGUGCAGAAUACCGCAAGACUGUCCCAGUCAGCACGCUUGCGUAAACGGACAAUGCCAAUGUCAGUGCAAAGAGCACAACAACUGCGCGCAAGGCGAGCGCUGUAACAAUGGGAUUUGUGUCAAAGUUUGUUACGGAGACAGUAAUUGCUUGCCCGGCGAGCUUUGCAUUGACGGCAGUUGCGAAACUGGCUGCAACUCGGACGGCGGCUGCAAUACCGACGAAGUAUGCAUCAACAAUAAGUGCAGAUGCGCGCACGGAUUCAUUGCCGGACCGGAAAAAUGUAUCGACAUUGACGAGUGCGAGGACAGCCCGUGCCAUCCGUCAGCCAAGUGCGUCAACUUGCACGGCAGUUAUAGAUGUAUUUGCCCAGAGGGCACCGCCGGUGAUCCAGUGAGCACUGGUUGCACCACACCGGACCAGUGUAACGUCGACCAGGACUGCCCAGAGUCUCAAGCUUGUAUCAAACAUAGCUGCACCGAUCCUUGCUCGUUUGCCGACUGCGGAGCAAAUGCCGUUUGCUCGGUGAUCGAUCACGCGGCAGCGUGUCAAUGUCAACCUGGCUACAUCGGAGACGCAUCUGGAUGUUUCAAAGUCGAAUGCUUGACCAAUACCGAUUGUCCUAGCGACAAGUACUGCAACCUCGACACCAGCAAAUGUGCAAGUCCGUGUAAUCAAUUGAAUUGUGGCUAUGGAAAUUGCGUUGCGACAGAUCACGUAGGGGUAUGCAAAUGUCACGACGGUUUCCAUCUCGUUGGCGAUUCAUGCGUAGACGUCAAUGAAUGUUUACAGAAACCGUGUCACGCUACUGCAUUGUGCCAGAACAACGACGGAUCUUUCGUUUGCACGUGCCCUCGCGGCCUCGUCGGUGACCCCUAUAAAUUUGGCUGCAAACAGCCGGGCGAUUGCUUCACCGACUACGACUGUCCAAAUACUGCCGCUUGCAUCGACAACACCUGCCGCGAUCCGUGCACCAUCGCCGGCACAUGCGGUCGCAACGCCGAAUGCCAAAUGCACAAUCACGCGCCGGUCUGCAAGUGUCCCGGUCAAACCAGUGGCGAUCCACGGAUCGAGUGCGUGCAAUACGAAUGCAACCAUCACAGCGAGUGCGAGUCCUCGAGAGCUUGCUACGAUCACAAGUGCGUCGACCCGUGUUCCGUGCAAAAUGCGUGCGGGACCGGCGCCGACUGCUCGCCCCUCAAUCACAGCUACGUGUGCACGUGCCAGCCUGGCGGCACUGGCGAUCCUAAUCUCGGAUGCACGCCAGUCCAGUACUGCAAGGCCGACAUUCAGUGCCCGAUCGGCUCCUCUUGCAACGGCGGCAUUUGCACGGCCCUGUGCGCGAGCACGAGGGAUUGCAUCGGGGAGCAGAUGUGCAUCAAGGGUCUGUGCCAGCCAACUUGCCGGCACAACUCCAGCUGCCCCGAGUACCAGUUCUGCUUGAACAACAUAUGCGUGCAGGAACACCGCUGUCUAUCCGACAACGAUUGCGAGCUGGACGAGAAGUGCAUCAACAACAACGUUGGCCAGUCCGAGUGCCAGAAAGCUUGCGACGUGGUGCAGUGCGGACGUAACGCCGAAUGCAGAGUCGACAGUCACGAGGCGCACUGCAGCUGCAAAUCUGGCUACUUCGGCGAUCCCAGGAACGAUAAGAUCGGCUGUCAGCAGAUGGAGUGUACUUCGCACGACGACUGCUCCGAGGAGCAGAUAUGCGACAUGCACAGAUGCAGAAUCGCCUGUUUGGCGUACAAUCCUUGCGGGCACUACGCGAUCUGCUCGGCGCGACGGCACAAGCAGAUCUGCACGUGUCAGCCGGGUUACACGGGCGAAGCCACGGUCGGCUGUCGACUGAUAGACCACUGCGCCGCUGACGAGCCUUGCGCGCCAGGCGCCAUUUGCGAGAACUCGAGGGGAUCGUACAAGUGCCACUGUCAAGCUGGAACCGUCGGAGAUCCGUACAACAGCGGCUGCCAGACUCCUGGCGAAUGCGCCGACGACCACGACUGUCCACUUUCAGCUAUCUGCGUCAACGAGAAUGGCCUCCCGAAGUGUUUCGACGCCUGCGCGACGAUGAAAUGUGGACCCAACGCCGAAUGCGUGGCCAAGAACCAUCUGGGACUGUGCCAGUGCCACUCGGACUACGACGGGGACGCGCACGACUUGAUCGUCGGCUGCAGACCCAAGCCGAAGCACUGCAAAUCGUCCGCCGAGUGCGUCGGAAACUGUUACGAAAACGUGUGCAGACCACCUUGCACUUCCAACGACGAGUGCAAUUUGUCCGACGUUUGCUCGAACGGCGAAUGCUUGGAUCCGUGCAAGCACAAGGGAGCUUGCGGAAUCAACGCGCACUGCGCCGUGAAAAGCCACAUAAAGCAGUGUAGCUGCCCGCCGAACUUCACCGGCAAUUCCGAGUUCGAAUGCGUUAGAUUGCCAGUGAUAUGCGACAGUACCAGCGACUGCGAGGAGGGUGGCACGUGCCGCAAUCACAUCUGCGUGCCGACGUGUGCGAGCGACACCGACUGCGCUUUCAACGAGAAGUGCACGCAAGCUCAUUGCCGACUUACCUGCAAGGUACACAACGACUGUUUUCUCGGCGACAUCUGCCUCGACAACGUCUGCUCGCCUGGAUGCGUCAGUGACGAGGACUGCAAAGCCAGCGAGGCCUGCCUCUCGAACAAGUGCGUGAAUCCGUGCGAGGUAACGCCUUGCGGACCAAACGCCAAGUGUACGGUCAUCAAUCGGCGAGCCACCUGCUCCUGCGCGUCAGGCUUCAUACCGAACCCAACGGCCAAGGUGGCUUGCUCGAGGACCCCGGGCCCGAGUUGCCUCGUCAACAGAGAUUGCUCACCCGGCACCGCCUGCAUCGCCGGCUUCUGUCGACCGGUUUGCUCGUCCAGCUCCAACUGCCUGAGCAACGAACGCUGCGAGUCGGGCGUUUGCAAGGCUCUCUGCAGAAUCGACGAGGACUGCCGUAGCGGCGAGAUUUGCGAAGGACUGAUCUGCACGAGUGGCUGUCGGUCCGACAUAGAGUGCCAGGAUAACUUUGGCUGCUACAAUAAUCAGUGCACCGACUUGUGCUCUCUGCCGAACGCUUGUGGAACGAACGCCGAGUGCAUUGUGGCGAACCAUCAUAAGCAGUGCAGCUGUCCGACUUGGUUGGUCGGCGAUCCGCUGUACGCUUGCAAGCAAUCAUUCUUGCCGUGCUCAGCCGACUCCGAAUGCAUUCCUGGUCAGUCGUGCUACGGCAAGUCUUGUUACACGACGUGUCGUAGCGACGCUAACUGUCUGAAUAACGAGCGUUGCGACGGUGGCCUUUGUAAAACGAUUUGCAACAGCGACACCGAGUGCUCGGCCAAUCAGAUUUGUCAAAACAGAUUGUGCGACAUUGGCUGUCGCAAUGAUCACUCUUGCCCGGACCGCGAGACUUGCAUCGACAACAAAUGUAGAGAUCCGUGCGAAGGCGGCAAAAAUUGUGGCGAAUGUGCCACCUGCCGAGUAAUUAAUCACGCCGCGCAAUGCAGUUGUCCAGCUAAUUACUACGGCAAUGCCGUUUUCAGCUGCACCAAAACACUUAUACCGUGCGAUGGAUCGUGCGACUGCGACGAGACUGGCUUCUGUGUCAACAGCUGCCAAACGCAGGCUCAUUGCUCUUGCGGCGAAUCUUGCCACGAAGGAAAAUGCCGUGUCAAGUGCGAUAUCAACAAUGAAUGUCCCAAGGGUUACACGUGUGACGGAGGACUGUGUUUGGUUGGUUGUCGCAGCCACUCCGAUUGCCCUGUGGCAUUGUCAUGCACGAACGGUCAAUGCGUUGAUCCAUGCUUGUCCGCUCGAUCGCCUUGCGGUAUCAAUGCGCUGUGCAGAAUAUCAAACCACAGAGCAGUUUGUCUUUGCCCAGAUGGGUUCCAAGGCGAACCGAGCAAAGAGUGUUACCAGCUCGAAUGUCAUCACGAUGACGAUUGCGAACCGAAUAAACAAUGUAGCGAAUCCGGCGUUUGCACCAAUCCCUGUCUGCAACACGGCGUUUGUGGCUUCAAUGCCCAAUGUCGCAUUGUCAAUCGCAAGGCUCAAUGUUCGUGUCCUCCGGGUCACUUCGGCAAUCCCAAAGUUAACUGCAAGAAAGGUGGAGAUGAUUGCUUGAGGAGGCCAUGCGGUGUAAACGCUAAGUGCCGAGAAACUACUAAUGGCUUUGAAUGUAUCUGUGAUUCUGGAUGUAAUGGAGAUGGUUAUCAAGGAUGUGCUUGCGAUAUUUGCAAAGACGUGCAAUGCGGGUUGAAUGCCGCUUGUCGUAUUUAUCAAAAUCAACCUCAGUGUUACUGUCCGACAGAUUAUCCAAGUGGAGAUCCGCAUCAUGCCUGUAAAGCAGAUGACAAAUCUGACGAUUGUCGAACAGUUGGUUGCGGUAAAAAUGCAGAAUGCAUACGCGACGGCUUGUUAUUCGUGUGCAGAUGUCCUCCGGGUACAACCGGUUCAGCGGACAUUGAAUGCACAAAAGAGCAAGAAUGCACCAGCGAUACGGAAUGCCCGAACGAGAAAGCCUGCAUAAACGCUCAGUGUCUGGACCCGUGCACUCUGCGAGGUGCCUGCGGUAUCAACGCACUUUGCCGCGUCGUUCUGCACAAGCCACGAUGCUCGUGUCCGCAAUGCUACAUCGGCAUGCCACAAACGGCUUGCAAUCCAGAUCCACGCUGCGACACUGGUCCACGACCACCUGUGGUGCCAAGUAUUGGCUGCUCAUCCGAUCAAGACUGCUCGGCAUCGUUGUCAUGUCACGCCCAGACGCGAGAAUGUCGCGAUCCGUGCGCCGAUUACACUCACACCUGCGACGUGAACAAACGUUGCCAAGUGCGCAACCACCAGCCUAUGUGCGUCUGCAAGCACGGAUUCGUCGUCAACGAGCUCGGAGAGUUGGCCUGCGCGCCCGACACUCCAUCGUGUAGACGCGACUUUGAGUGUCCUGCCAACGAGGCUUGCGUCAACGGCAAAUGUCAGAAUCCGUGCACCGUUCGCGACAAGCCACCCUGUCCCGCCGACAAGAGUUGCGAAGUUCUGGAUCACAAGCCAGUCUGCGUCUGUCUGAAGAACUGCAGUCCGACGCUAUCGAUCUGUCUGAGAGACGCCGGGUGCUCGAGGGAUUUGGCUUGCCGCAAUUACAAAUGCGUGGACCCUUGUGCCGAGGCGGCCUGUCCCGCCGACGCACCUUGCUACGUUGAGGAGCACAAGCCAAUCUGCAAGUUCUGUCCCCCUGGCUUUGUGCCUGACACUAAGUACGGAUGCAUGAAAGAUGUGAAAUGUUUGACCGACGCGGAUUGCCCAGUGCAAUUGGCUUGCAUACAUCAUCAGUGCUUAAAUCCAUGCACGAUCAGCAGCCCGUGCCAUCCUGAAGACUGUAUCGUUGAGUCUCAUAGACCAGUUUGCAAUAAAAGUAAGGAACUAUUGUCAGAAAGCCAUUGUCCAUACUGUCCAGCUGGUAUGGAGUGCGACUUAGAGACCAAAAUCUGUGUAAAAGCCGGUUGCACAAGCGAUAGGGAUUGCCCAUUGACGGAAGCCUGUAUCAAUCGAGUCUGCCAAGAGCCAUGCAGACUGAGAAAUCCAUGCGUCGCUUUUGCUGUGUGCAUCAACACCAAUCACGCUACAGACUGUAGUUGCGAGGAGGGAUACCAUGGAAAUGGCUUUUCUCUCUGUUCUCCUGUACAAGGACCAAAGAAUGUGUGCCAAUAUAAUGAAGACUGCCCACCAGAAAAACUGUGUGAUCGUCAAUCAAGACGUUGUUUGAAUGUCUGCAGUGACGAUCACUGCGGUGAGAAUGCCGAAUGUUACGCAGAUAAUUAUAAUCCUCGAUGCAGGUGCCUACCUGGCUACGAAGGUCGACCCGAAAUCGCCUGUACAAUAAGCUCGCACAAUCCAUGCGCUCAACAUCCUUGCGGUGUGAAUGCACUCUGCGAAGUGGACAAUGGUAGUCCUAUUUGCUACUGUCCUAAGGGUCUCACUGGAAAUCCAUUCGAACAGUGUAUCCCUGAAGGCGACCAGUGCCAGUAUAAUCAGUGCGGUUUCAAUGCAGGUUGCAGAGUAGUUAGUGGCAAAGUUACAUGCUUUUGCUUGCCCGGUUAUGAAGGUGAUCCACCACAUUCACCGUGUGAACUUAGAAACCUUCCUUGCAAUCCUUCACCUUGCGGUCCGAAUACGCAAUGUACAGUUCUAGAAAAUGGUUUCUCAAAGUGUACCUGUCUUCCCGGAUUCGUCGAAAGUCCUAAUACAAUCAGAGGAUGCAUACCCAAAACCAAUCUUUGCGAACCUAAUCUCUGCGGAGUUGGUGCUAUUUGCGACUCUAACAGAAAUCCACCGUGUUUCUGUCCUCACGGAACUUUUGGCAAUCCUUACAAGAGUUGCAAUUCUCGAAAUGUCGUGACUCUGUGUCAACCUGGACCAUGCGGUGAAAAUUCUGACUGCUCCGUCACCGACAAUCAAGAGUACUGCUACUGUAAGUACGGUUACUAUGGAGAUCCAUAUCAAGGAUGUCACGAGCCACCAAAGACACCUUGCCAUCCAAAUCCUUGUGGUCGCAAUACUGAUUGUAAGAUUACUGCUGACAAUCGAGCUAUUUGCGAAUGUUAUCUUGGUACUGCUGGCGAUCCGACGAGUCCAAAUGGCUGCGACAGACCUGAAUGUCUUUCGGAUGACGAGUGUCCCUCAAGUCAUGCUUGCAUCGCCUACAGAUGUCAAGAAGUUUGUCAGGGCGCUUGUGGUAUUAAUGCCGAAUGUCAUGCGGAAGACCACCAUCCACUGUGUAGAUGUUCUCAUGGCCUGGAAGGUAAUCCUCUAUACAGAUGUUCCGAACCAUACGGGCCACCUACUGAAAGACUGAAUCCAUGUGUACCUAGUCCUUGCGGUAAUAACACAAUAUGCCGAGUCAUUGAAGACAGAGCGGUCUGCUCGUGCUUAUCCGAUUUUCAGGGAGAUCCUCAUACUGGAUGUAGACAAGAGUGUACCAUCAACACAGACUGUGCUUACGACCAAGUUUGCCACAAUUACAAGUGCGUCAAUCCAUGCUCUUUUGGUGACAUUUGUGGUGCGAACGCUUAUUGCAAAUGUUCAUAUCACACACCAACUUGUCAUUGCAACGAAAACUUCUUUGGCAAUCCCUACCUCAGAUGCAUGCACAUCCCAACAAUUACAGUCGACAGUCGAAAUACAACUCUUCCAUGCGAUCCUUCACCAUGCGGAGAUCACAGUGGUUGCACGGAUUAUACUGGAACGAUCGCCAUGUGCAAUAACUGUGAACAUCCAGAUAAUUUUAACAAUCCACACUGUAAACCUGAGUGUUUGUGCAAUGAAAACUGUCCAUUCCAUCUGGCUUGCUUCAAUUGGAAAUGUGCUGAUCCAUGCCUCGGCUCCUGCGGUGAGAAUGCCCUUUGUCAUGUCGUCAUGCACUAUCCAGUAUGCAGUUGUCCAUCUGAAUUUUACGGAGAUCCGCAUCGGGGCUGCUAUCAAACUAUCGGAGAAAUCGACAAAUGUAGUCUCACGAGAUGUGGAGCUAAUGCAAGAUGUAUCGAACAAUACGGUGUUACCUCUUGUGAGUGCAUACCAGGAUACUUUGGAAAUCCAGAAUUAGGAUGUCAUCUUGAGUGUUUGCAGAAUUCCGAUUGUAGUUUAAAUCAUGCUUGUCAAAAUCACAAAUGCGUCAAUCCAUGCGAAGGUGCUUGUGGUAGUGGAGCAUCGUGUGACGUCAUAAACCACUCGCCAAUGUGCUACUGCGAUGCCGAAAGCUUUGGCAAUCCAUACAUGUUCUGUCAACGCAAAGCACCCUAUGGACCAUCUCAAAUAAAACCUACCUCAUGCGAUCCGUCACCUUGUGGAGCGAACAGCAGGUGUACGCUCUCUCCACAAGGAUACGCUACUUGUACUUGUUUACCUGGAUUCCGAGGAAUCCCUCCACUUUGUAUUCCGGAGUGUGUUGCUAGCUCUGAAUGCUUACAAAUACAAGCUUGUGUGAACAACAGAUGUGUUAACCCGUGCAUUAAUAUGUGUGGCCACGGUGCUGUAUGUUCAGUUGUCAAUCACAAUCCAAUAUGCAAUUGCCCACCUGGACAAACCGGUGAUGCAUUUACAAAAUGCUACGUAGAUGAUACUCGCAUAGAUCCCGUACCCCCCACGCCUUGCAGUCCAAGCCCUUGCGGUCCACACUCCGUGUGUCAAGUGAAAAUGGGCCGACCAGUAUGUUCUUGUCAGACUAACUUCAUUGGCAGCUCACCGCAUUGCAGACCCGAGUGCAUGAUUAGCCAAGAAUGCCCGACCGAUAUGGCUUGCACAAAUUUUAAAUGCGUUCAUCCUUGCCCCGCCAGUUGUGGUGAAAAUUCUGAGUGCACAAUUAUCAAUCACACGCCUUAUUGCUCUUGCAGACCAGGAUUUGAAGGCGAUGCGUUCGUUGGUUGUACGCCAAAGCCAUACUUACCAGCAGAACCACGAAAUCCAUGCGACGAAUUGAGCUGCGGAGAGAAUGCUCUCUGUGAGAUUUAUGAUGGAGUUCCUAGAUGUUCUUGUAUUCCACCUUAUCUGGGUAAUCCAUACAGCGGAUGCAGACCCGAGUGCACAAUGAAUUCCGAGUGCAAUAGUAACUUGGCCUGUAUUAAUCAGCAUUGCCGUGAUCCAUGUGAGGGUGUUUGUGGAGUGAACGCUGUAUGUGAAGUGAUAAAUCAUAUACCUGUGUGCUCAUGUCGACCAGGAUUUACGGGCGAACCAUUUCAGUCGUGCAUUCAAGAUCAACCAAAAGAGCAUGUGACACCCUGUUCUCCUAGCCCAUGUGGACCUUAUAGUAUUUGCCGCGUACAAAGUGACCGGGCGGUCUGCUCAUGCAGUCCCGGAUAUCAGGGAGUGCCACCGAGUUGCAGGCCUGAAUGUCUAGUCAGCGCCCAGUGUUCGCCACAUUUAGCUUGUAUAAAUCAAAAGUGCGUCGAUCCGUGCGAAAAUGCUUGUGGCUUGGAUGCUCAUUGUUUGGUCAGCAAUCAUAAUCCAAUAUGUAGUUGUCGGAGAGGAUUCACUGGAGAUCCAUUCUUGCAGUGUACCAGAGAAGCGGUCGAAGUUAAGAAACCGUGCUCACCGUCUCCUUGCGGAUCCAACGCUAUAUGCCGCGUCCAAGGAGAUAGAGCUGUUUGCAGUUGUAAUCCUGGUAUGAUUGGUGCACCUCCAAAUUGCAGACCUGAAUGCUUAAUCGAUCAAGAUUGUCCCAAUCAUCUGGCUUGUACCCAGAAUAACAAGUGUACUGAUCCGUGUGUAGGCACCUGCGGACUCAAUGCUAUCUGCACAGCUCAUAAUCAUCAAGCAGUAUGCCAGUGCUACGAAGGCUUUGAAGGCGAUCCUUACUCCGGGUGCAUUUUGAAACCAAUUGUUGUACCAAUGGAACAAAAGAAUCCAUGCAACCCAUCACCAUGUGGUUUAAAUGCUAUAUGUACAGAAAAAAACAAUGCUGGAUCAUGCACAUGCCCACCUGAUUUCAUUGGUAAUCCUCAGAUUAGCUGUAGGCCAGAGUGUACCCAGAAUAACGAGUGUCCACACAAGAAAGCUUGCAUCAAUAAUAAAUGCCAGAAUCCAUGCACUGGUACCUGCGGUCUCAAUGCUCACUGUCAAGUUUUCAACCAUCAACCAUCAUGUACUUGCGAACCAGGAUAUACGGGAAAUCCUUUGCGUUCUUGUCAUCCGCCACCAUCACAACCGCCAAAGGUUAUACCAACGAAUCCGUGUGAUCCAUCACCUUGUGGUCCAUAUAGUAGUUGUCGCGUUAUUGAUGGACACGCUGUAUGCUCAUGUCAACAGAAUUACAUUGGAACUCCACCAGCUUGUCGACCAGAAUGUGUCGUGAGUGCCGACUGUCCACAAAAUAGAGCUUGCAUUGCUCAACGAUGUGAAAAUCCGUGCGUGCAAACCUGCGGGGUUGAUGCUGAGUGCCAAGUGAUUAACCACAAUCCUGUAUGUACUUGUCCGAACGGUUACAACGGUAACCCACUCAUUACUUGUAUAAAGGAGGAAGGCAAAACAUCUCCGCCUUAUUUACCACCAGAAAAUCCAUGUGCCACGGCAUUCUGUGGUCUUAAUUCACACUGUAGAGCCGUUGAUGGUGUUCCUGCUUGCUCGUGUUUACCAAACUUUGUCGGUAGACCACCCAAUUGUCGACCUGAAUGUUUGAUAAAUGAAGAGUGCCCUGGUAACCUUGCUUGUCAAGCCGAACGUUGCACUGACCCAUGCCCAGGUUCAUGUGGUCCAAACACUAUGUGCAGUGUUGUUCAGCACAAUCCAGUCUGCAUGUGCGACGAUGGAUUUACUGGUGAUCCGUUCCAAGGUUGCACAUUAAUUAUUGAACUGCCAAUAACAACUGAAAGGCCGAGUCCGUGCAAUCCAUCGCCCUGCGGUCCUAAUGCAAUGUGCAACGAACGUAAUAAUGUUGGUGCUUGUACCUGUAAACCCGAGUACUUCGGAGAUCCUUAUAUUGGAUGUAAACCUGAAUGCGUGACUAAUUCCGACUGUGAUAGAAAUAGCGCGUGCUUGAACAAUAAAUGUGUCAAUCCAUGUUUAGAUGUAUGUGGACCUCACGCUAUUUGUCGAGUAGUUAAUCAAGCUCCAACGUGUUCUUGUCUUCCUGAAUAUGUUGGAGAUCCAUUAACUGGUUGUUCUCCAAAAGCCCGAGUGACUGAAAAACCUAUUAUCGAUGCUUGUGAUCCAUCACCUUGCGGUCUUAAUAGUGUUUGUAGAACACUUAAUGACCACGCAGUGUGCUCAUGUCAGACCGGCUUCAUUGGAACACCUCCAAGCUGUCGGCCCGAGUGCACCGUGAGCUCAGAAUGUCCGCAAAAUAAGGCUUGUAUAAAUAACAACUGUGCUGAUCCUUGCUCGGAUACUUGUGGUCAAAAUGCUAAGUGCAUUGUGGUCAAUCAUAAUCCGGUUUGUAGCUGUGCGCCAGGUUACAGUGGUAAUCCAUUCGAAUACUGCACCUUAAUGGAUCAUACAACAGAGCGGAAUCUUGUUAAUCCUUGUACACCAAAUCCAUGCGGACCAAACUCGCAGUGUCGUGACAUUAAUGGACAACCUGCAUGUUCCUGUUUAUUGAAUUUCAUCGGAAGACCACCAAAUUGCAAGCCAGAAUGUACACACGACUCGGAAUGCUCAACUACAUUGUCUUGCAUCAAUCAGAAAUGUAAGAAUCCUUGCAUUAGUGCUUGCGGAGAUUUCGCCAGAUGCAACGUCUACAAUCAUCUUCCAGUAUGCUCUUGUCCUGAAGGAUACGUGGGCGAUGCAAGAAUACAGUGCACUUUACCAGUAACAACCACAACGCAAGAACCACCAUCAAAUCCAUGCAUACCAAAUCCAUGUGGACCUAAUGCUCAAUGUCGUGAAAGGAACGGAGCCGGUGCUUGUGCUUGCCUGCCCGAUUACUUCGGUGAUGCUUACGAUCUUCAACAAGGAUGUCGUCGGGAAUGCGAGCUCAAUAGCGACUGUUUGCCUCAUCUAUCUUGCACAGGUUAUAAAUGUGUUGAUCCUUGCCCUGGACAGUGUGGUACUUUAGCUAUUUGCACAGUUGAAAACCAUAUACCAAAAUGUACUUGUCCAGUCGGAUUCACUGGCGAUCCUUACUAUGCCUGUGAAGAACCAAAAAUUAUAUAUCCAGCUCCUGAUCCAUGUAUACCUUCGCCCUGUGGACCAAACAGCAAAUGUCGAUCAGUUAACAAUCAACCAGCUUGUACAUGUUUACCUAAUUACAUCGGUGAGCCACCACAAUGUCGGCCAGAGUGUCGCGUCAGCGGCGAGUGCCCUAACAAUCUGGCGUGCAUAAAUAACAAGUGCGCCGAUCCAUGUCCAAAUACUUGCGGAUUAAGAGCUGAAUGCAUUUGCAAGAACCACGUACCAAUUUGCACGUGUCCUCAAGGUUUCACUGGCAAUCCUUUUACGCAGUGUAUCGAAAUACCAAGGGAACUUCCGACUACCGAGAGACCUCCUUCGUGUAAUCCAUCCCCCUGCGGUCCAAACGCUCUUUGUCAAAUGAUAUCUGGAAAUCCAGCUUGUUCGUGUUUACCAAAUUUCAUUGGUAGUCCACCUGACUGUCGACCAGAAUGCCUUGUCGACUCUGAAUGUAAGAGUGAGCAAGCUUGUUUACAGAACAAGUGUCAAGACCCAUGUAGUGGAUCUUGCGGCUUGUAUGCCCAGUGUCAUGUUCUGAAUCAUAUUCCUAUAUGUACCUGUACCGAAGGCUUCACCGGUGACCCGUUCAGACAAUGCUUGCCAAUACCUAGCAAUGGACCACCACCACCAAGAGAUCCGUGCAAUCCAUCACCUUGUGGUCCCAAUGCGAUUUGUAAGAAUGGCGACUGCGAAUGUAUGCCGGAAUAUAAAGGCAAUCCAUUCGAAGUUUGUAAGCCCGAGUGCAUAAUGAAUAACGAAUGCCCUCGUGAUAUGACGUGCAUCAGAAAUAAGUGCAAAAAGCCAUGUCCUGGAGCCUGUGGUCAGAACGCUCAGUGUGACAUGAUCAACCACAUACCUGUAUGUUCGUGCCCAUCAGGACAAAUCGGAGAUCCAUUUAUUAGUUGCCGGCCACAACCCGUAGGACCUGUGUCUUCGCUAGAACCAUGUAACCCAUCACCCUGUGGGCCAAACAGCGUUUGUAAGAACAUCGAGGGUCACGCCGUUUGCUCGUGUAUCGCAGGAUACAUAGGUACGCCGCCAUCCUGCAGACCCGAGUGCGUAGUUAGUUCGGAAUGCUCGUCAACGAGGGCUUGCAUUAGUUACAAAUGCACUGACCCAUGUCUGGGUGCCUGUGGGAUAAACGCUCGCUGUGAAGUCAUCAAUCAUUCGCCAAUUUGCAGCUGUCUACCUGGUCAAAUUGGUGACCCGUUCAAGAGCUGUUAUGAAGCACCAGUGACAUCAAGGCCAAAGGUCAAUGCAUCUCCGUGCAACCCAUCGCCAUGUGGACCCAAUGCUAUAUGCCAGAAUAUUAAUGAUAGUCCAGUAUGCUCGUGUCAAGAGGGCUAUACUGGUAGUCCGCCAAAUUGUAGACCCGAAUGCGUGAUCAAUCCUGAUUGUCCGGCAAACAAAGCCUGCAUUAUGGAGAAAUGUCAAGAUCCAUGCGCUGGAUCAUGUGGUGAAAAUGCUGAGUGUACGGUCACCAACCACGCAGCAAUCUGCUCCUGUUUACGUAGUUUCACUGGAAAUCCAUUCAUCCAAUGCGUUCGCAUGCCAGAACCUUUACAUAAUCCCUGUGAACCAUCGCCCUGCGGUACUAAUGCUAUUUGCCAGCGAAGAGACAAUGCUGGAGCUUGUACCUGUAUACAGGAUUAUCAUGGUAAUCCGUAUGAAGGUUGCCAACCAGAGUGUACUCAUAGUUCGGAUUGCCAGACGAACAAGGCCUGUAUCAAUCUGAAAUGCAUCGAUCCUUGUCCUGGAGUUUGCGGAUCGAACGCCCAAUGCUCCGUAGUUAACCAUAUACCAACUUGCACGUGUCUACCUGGAUUUGUUGGUGAACCUUUUACCAGUUGUGUUUUUGAAGCAGUAACGGAGACGCCCAAGAUAGAAAACCCGUGCCAUCCAUCGCCGUGUGGUCCAAACAGUAUUUGUAAAAAAGUUAAUGACCAAGCAGUUUGUACAUGUCAAGAGAGUUACUUUGGUUCUCCUCCAAAUUGCAAACCAGAGUGUGUAGUAAGCUCGGAGUGUCCUCAAAAUCGUGCUUGCCAUUUAAAUAAGUGUACUGAUCCUUGUCCCGGAACUUGUGGACUUGAUGCUCAAUGCAGAGUCAUCAACCAUAAUCCACUUUGCAGUUGUCCACCUGGUUUUACAGGAGAACCAUUUACUAGAUGCUACGAGGAACCAAAGAUUAUAUUACCACCUCCAACUCCGGAUAAUCCAUGUCUCGUAAAUCCAUGUGGAUUAUAUGCCGAGUGUCGAAAAAUUGGUAAUCAGGCUGCAUGCUCGUGCAAGGCAAACUACAUCGGAUCGCCACCAAACUGUCGACCAGAAUGCAUUGUUAAUAGUGAUUGUGCUUCUGACCAAGCUUGUAUAUCUGAAAAAUGCCGUGAUCCAUGUAUUGGUUCUUGCGGACAGAAUACCGAUUGUCGUGUGCAGAACCAUAUCCCAACGUGCAUCUGUCAACCUGGUUACAGUGGUGAUCCAUUCAAUCUGUGUUCACCGAUCGACGAAAAAGAAAAGCCAAAAGAUAAUCGAUGCCAAUGCGGCAUUAACGCAGAAUGUGAAAAUGAGGUGUGUAGAUGUAAACCAAACUACUCUGGCGACCCGUACUCUGCUUGUCGACCAGAAUGUACCAUUAAUUCUGAGUGCCCGCGCACGAAAGCUUGCUUCAAUCAACGCUGUCGUGAUCCUUGCAUUGGCACAUGCGGCACCAGUGCUCUUUGCAAUGUCAUCAAUCACAUUCCGAUGUGCAGUUGCCCAGCUGAAAUGACUGGCAAUCCAUUCCAACAUUGCAAACACGUUAGAAAGAUUCCACCAACACAACCUUGCUCACCAUCACCUUGUGGACCGAACAGUGUAUGCAAAGUGAUUGAAAAUCAUGCCGUGUGUUCUUGCCAGCCAACAUUUGUUGGUAGUCCGCCAGCAUGUAGACCAGAAUGUGUCGUUAGCACCGAAUGUCCUCUUGAUCAAGCUUGUUUAAAUAACAAGUGCAGAGAUCCUUGCUUAGGAUCUUGUGGACAAAAUGCUAAAUGUCAGACUAUCAAUCAUAAUCCGAUCUGUAGUUGCUACGAACGCUAUACGGGUGAUCCAUUCUCAGCUUGUUAUCCAAUGCCAGUUGAACCACCAAGACAAGUGGAGAACCCGUGUCAACCGUCACCAUGCGGUCCAAACGCUGAUUGUCAAGUACGAGGUGAUACGUUUGCUUGUUCGUGCCAGCAAAACUACAUUGGUGUACCACCAAAUUGUCGACCAGAAUGUACCAUUAAUCCAGAAUGUCCACCUCAUCUCGCGUGUAUGCAGCAAAAGUGCCGUAAUCCAUGUGAUGGAGUAUGUGGCGUGAACGCACAAUGUACUGUAGUCAAUCAUAAUGCCGUGUGCACUUGUAACGACAACUUCCGUGGAGAUCCAUUCUCCUUGUGCCAGCCUUACGAACCACCAGUGGGACUACAGUAUUUACCAAGCAUCGUAAAUCCCUGCUCUCCAUCACCCUGUGGCGACAAUGCAAUCUGCCGCGAACAAAACGAUGUCGGUUCAUGUACUUGUAAACCUAAUUAUUUCGGUGACCCAUAUAUAUCUUGCCAACCCGAAUGUACAAACGAUUCUGAUUGUCUUCCAACCGAAACUUGCUUCAAUCUCCAAUGUCGCGAUCCUUGCCAAGGCGUUUGUGGUAUUAACGCCGAAUGUUACCCCUUUAAUCACAAACCAAGCUGUAAUUGUCGGCCAGGAUACACCGGAGAUGCAUUCAGAAUGUGCAUAAAACCAAUGAGAAUUCCGGAGGACCAUUGCAAUCCUUCACCCUGUGGUCUUUACAGUCAAUGCAAGGUUGUAAACGAUCAAGCAGUUUGUUCAUGUAUGAGUAGCUACAUAGGUGUUCCCCCAACAUGCCGACCCGAAUGCACCAUAAACGAAGAUUGCUCGUCGGAUUUGGCUUGCAUCAACCAGAAAUGUGAUUCUCCCUGUCCAGGAAAUUGUGGAAAAAAUGCACAAUGCAAAGGCAUUCAUCAUAAUCCCAUUUGCUUCUGUAACUCGGGAUUCACAGGAGAUCCGUUCACCAGAUGUAUACCCAAUUUAAAUAUAGAAGUCUUACCACGACCAAUCGCGCCAAUAAAUCCAUGUUUCCCUUCUCCAUGUGGUCAGUACGCGACUUGCAACGCUAUCGGUACUUUGCCGUCUUGUGCUUGUUUACCAUAUUGUAUUGGUACGCCACCACACUGUCGACCAGAAUGUACUGUCAACUCUGACUGCCCUAUGCACUUGGCAUGUAAUAAUGAGCGUUGUCGCGACCCUUGCGCGGGAUUAUGCGCUCUCAUGGCGAUUUGUAGCGUACACAAUCAUGUGCCCGUGUGUACUUGUCAACAAGGAUACGUGGGUGACCCAUUCACUAGCUGUAUUCCACAACCUACAAUUGCUACGUCAGUUAUAUUCGAAGAUUCAUGCAAUCCAAGCCCUUGCGGAGCAAAUGCCAAAUGUUUGGAAGGCAAAUGUACUUGUCUUCCUGAAUAUUUUGGUGACCCAUACUAUCAAUGCCAACCAGAAUGCGUCAUAAAUACAGACUGUCAGCCGACAAAGGCCUGCCAGGAUAACAAAUGCGUGGAUCCUUGCGUAGGAGCUUGCUCUCCUAGCGCAAUAUGUAACGUGUUCAAUCAUAUAAUAAUGUGCAGUUGUCCUCAAGGUACAACUGGAAACGCAUUCAUCCAGUGCAGACCUGUACCAGAAAUCAGCGACAAUGUUAACCCAUGUUUGCCAUCGCCUUGCGGUCCAAACAGUAUUUGCCGUGCGUUUAACGGUCAGGCUAUCUGUACAUGCAUGCAAGAUUACUUAGGAGCACCACCGAGCUGUAGACCGGAAUGUGUAGUCGAUUCUGACUGUCCUAAGAACGAAGCAUGUAGUAAUUUGCAAUGUCGCAACCCAUGCGUAGGGGCUUGCGGUAUCAAUGCCGAUUGUCGCGUGUUUAAUCAUUCACCUGUUUGCACAUGUGUGAUCAAUUAUAUUGGCAACCCUUUCGUCAGAUGCGAUCCCAGAAUCGAAGAUCCACUGGAAUCUUCGUGCCCAUCUUGCGCGUGUGGUCCAAACGCUGACUAUCAGUCUAUCGAUGGCAAUCCUGCAUGCGCUUGCCUGCCAGGCAUGAUAAAUUCGCCACCAAAUUGUAGACCAGAGUGCAUUAGCAAUUCCGAAUGUUCGACUCACCAGGCGUGCAUAAAAAACAGGUGUACCGAUCCAUGCAUUGACGGCUGUGGUAUCAAUGCUUUAUGUCAUGUAAUCAGCCACGUACCUAUGUGCACGUGUCUUGAGGGCUACAGUGGCGAUCCCUUUUCCAUGUGUAUUCACAGCCCACAACCUCCAACGAACCCACAAGCAGCUCAAAAUCCCUGUUCACCAAGCCCAUGCGGUAUAAACGCAGUCUGUCGUGAGCAGAAUGGCGUUGGAUCAUGCUCAUGUAUACCCGACUACUCUGGAAACCCAUACGAAGGCUGCCGACCCGAAUGUACCAUUGAUUCUGAUUGUCCGACCAAUCUCGCCUGCCUGAGGCUCAAGUGUCUGAAUCCCUGUCUUGGUACUUGUGGUCCCAAUGCUGACUGCCAAGUUAUUAAUCACUUGGCCAGUUGUACUUGCCCACCCGGCUAUACUGGCGAUCCUUUCAAUUCUUGCCGCCCCUAUCAGUCGCCACCCAUUACUCAAAGACCGGUAAAUCCUUGCAACCCUUCGCCUUGUGGAUCCAACUCAAACUGUCGCAUCGUAAACGGCCAGUCCGUUUGUACAUGUCGAUCCACGUACUUAGGAAUUCCACCAAAUUGUCGACCAGAAUGUGUCGUUAAUUCUGAAUGUCCUUUAAAUAGGGCGUGUAUAAAUCAGAAAUGUGUUGACCCAUGUCCGAAUCACUGUGGACUCAAUGCCAUCUGCAGAGUAAUCAAUCAUAGUCCGAUCUGUUCUUGUCAAAUUGAUCACACAGGAGAUCCUUUCACUCGAUGUUUAUUCAUUGAGAGGCCUAAAGUUGAAUUAGAUCCGUGUAUACCUUCACCUUGUGGACCGUACUCAACAUGUCGUAAAGUUGGAUCCUUAGCAUCUUGUUCAUGUCUACCUAAUUACAUAGGCAGUUCACCCACUUGUAGACCGGAGUGUAGUAUUGAUUCUGAUUGUCCAAGCAAUCAAGCUUGUAUGAACGAAAAAUGUCGCAAUCCAUGUCCUGGUUUGUGUGGUAUUGAAGCCAGAUGUAGUUGUAUCAAUCAUAUACCCAUAUGCUCAUGUCCACCAUCUAUGACAGGCGAUCCCUUCAAUUAUUGUACACCGAUACUUCCUACGACCGAACCACAAAUCACUCAUAAUGAUCCUUGUUUCCCUUUUCCUUGUGGAUCUAAUGCACAAUGCAAUAAUGGAUUUUGUACUUGUUUUCCUAAAUACCAAGGAGAUCCAUACGUAUCUUGCCGACCCGAAUGCGUUCUUAAUAAUGAUUGCCCGACCAAUCGAGCAUGUAGUAAUAACAAGUGUAUAGAUCCAUGCCCUGGAACAUGUGGAAGUUUGGCCUCGUGUAACGUUUAUAAUCAUAUUCCAAUAUGUACAUGUCCUCAGGGAAUGCAGGGCAAUGCAUUCAUUGCUUGCUACGAAUACGAAGAAACAAUUCGAAAUCCUUGCAGUCCAUCCCCUUGUGGACCAAACAGUAUUUGUCGCGAAAAUAAUCAACAAGCCGUCUGUAGUUGUUUACCUAACUAUUUGGGUAGCCCUCCAUCGUGUAGACCUGAAUGUACUCAGAGUUUAGAGUGUUCUCUUGAUCGCGCAUGCAGUAACCAAAAGUGUGUAGAUCCUUGCAUCGGUGUUUGUGGUCUUAAUGCUCAGUGUAAGGUACACAAUCACAAUCCAAUCUGUGCAUGUAUGGAUCAAUAUACUGGAAAUCCAUUUAGUUUGUGCGAAAAAUUUUCUCCAGUAAUUGCAGAGUCAACUAAUCCUUGUAUACCAUCACCUUGUGGACCGUAUUCACAAUGUAAAGAGAUAAAUAAUUUGCCUUCUUGUAUAUGUUUGCCAGAAUACGUUGGGUCACCACCAAAUUGUCGUCCAGAAUGUAUAAGUAAUAAUGAAUGUUCAAAUAAUUUAGCAUGCAUCAAUAUGAAAUGCAAAAAUCCAUGUGAAAACUCUUGUGGUCUUAAUGCUGAAUGCCACGUUGUGAGUCAUACACCAAUGUGUAUAUGUUCUACCGGAUAUAUAGGAGAUCCAUUUUUACAAUGCACUAUAAAACCUAGUAAGAUCAUUCAAAUAACUGAUCCUUGCGUACCCUCUCCUUGCGGUAACAAUGCUCUUUGUCGUAAACAGAAUAAUAUAGGAUCAUGCACAUGUAUUGACGGUUACACUGGAAAUCCUUACGAAGGAUGUCGUCCAGAGUGUGUUAUAAGCUCUGAUUGUCCAGGAAAUCAAGCUUGUAUUAAAAAUAAAUGUAGAGACCCGUGUCCUGGAACUUGUGGACAAUAUGCAACCUGUCAAGUAGUAAACCACUUACCUCUUUGUACCUGUCUUCAGUCUUAUACUGGAGAUCCAUUCACUUACUGUCGAAUAAUUCAUGAGGAAGUAAAAAAUCCCUGUAGUUUCAAUCCGUGUGGUCCUAAUAGUGAAUGCCGAGUGAACAACGGUCAAGCAGUAUGCUCUUGUAAACCGCAAUACUUCGGUAUACCCCCUGGUUGCCGUCCAGAAUGUACAAUAAAUUCAGAGUGUUCGUUAGACAAAUCUUGUGUUAAUUUGAAAUGCAUAAAUCCUUGUAUCAAAAUUUGUGGUAGAAAUGCCAGCUGUAAAGUUAUUAAUCAUAGUCCAAUAUGUUCCUGUCUCGAAGGAUACUCUGGCGAUCCAUUCACAGUUUGUUUACCGAAUGAAAAUAAAUAUCCUAUUACAAAUAUCCAACCAUGCGUGCCAUCACCAUGUGGACUAUAUUCUGAAUGUCACGUUGUUAACGAUAAUGCUGUUUGCACUUGUCAACAAAAUUAUUUCGGGAUUCCUCCAAAUUGUCGCCCAGAAUGUACUGUUAAUACUGAUUGUCCAAAGAAUAAAGCUUGCAUUAGGAACAGAUGUACCGAUCCUUGUCCGGGUUCAUGUGGAUUUGAAGCAUUAUGUACAGUUUUUCAACAUACUCCUGUAUGCACUUGUCCCGAGGGAUACACGGGCGAUCCAUUCAAUUUAUGUCAUAUUAAUGCUCCAAUAAUGGAUGCAGAAAUAAUUAACUUAUGCAACCCAUCGCCAUGUGGUCCUAAUACAAAUUGCCAUGAUGGAGAAUGUACAUGUCAACCAGGGUAUUCGGGAAAUCCGUCAAUCGGUUGUAGACCAGAAUGCGUUGUAAAUGGAGAAUGUCCAUUUAAUAAAGCGUGUAUUCGAAACAAAUGCGUUGACCCAUGUAUAGGCAUUUGUGGACAGAAUGCACAAUGCUUAACAACAAAUCAUAUACCUAUUUGUACUUGUCCGGCAGGAACAAGCGGUAACGCUUUUAUUUCUUGCAAUCCUUAUGAAGUUGUAAAUUUAAAGCCAUGUUCUCCAACUCCUUGUGGACAAAACAGUCAUUGUAGAGAAGUUAAUGGAUUAGCCAUGUGUAAGUGUAUUGAAGGCUAUGUUGGAAGUCCUCCAACUUGUCGACCUGAGUGUGUAGUUAGUUCCGAUUGUCCACAACAUUUAGCCUGCAUCAAUCAAAAAUGUAAAGAUCCAUGUUCAGGUGUAUGCGGUUUGAAUACACAAUGUUUGGUUAAAAAUCAUAAUCCUAUUUGCACAUGCAAACAAGGAUUUGUCGGUAAUCCUUUCAUUGCUUGUACACCUCAGUUAGACCAGAUAAUAACAGAAAAACCAAUAAACCCUUGCAAUCCCUCACCUUGUGGACAGUAUGCACAAUGUGAAGUGGUAAAUCAAUCUCCAGCAUGUGUUUGUUUGCCUGGAUUUGAAGGCAGCCCACCUAAUUGCCGUCCAGAAUGUUUAAAUAACAACGAAUGUGCUCAAAAUUUAGCAUGCAUUAGACAGAAAUGUAAAAAUCCUUGUACAGGUUCCUGCGGUGCCAAUUCUGAUUGCCACGUAGCAAAUCAUUUGGCAAUGUGUUUGUGUAGAGCAGGUUUUACUGGAGAUCCAUUCAUUCAAUGUUUUCCUAAUCCGAGUAAACUACCCAUUGAAGUUAAUAAGCCAUGCUCUCCAAAUCCUUGCGGAUCUAACGCAAUUUGCAAAGUCCAAGGAAAUGCAGGGUCAUGCAGUUGUCUCCCAGAAUAUAUAGGAAAUCCUUAUGAAGGCUGUAGACCAGAAUGCAUAAUGGAUUCUGAAUGUACACAUAGUUUAGCUUGCUUACAAAACAAAUGUAGAGAUCCUUGUCCUGGAACUUGUGGACAGAACGCAUUGUGCCAAGUUGUUAAUCACGUGCCUCGUUGCACUUGUGGUGAAGGAUACACAGGCAAUCCUUAUUCUCUUUGUAUAUUGACACAAUUUACCACGCCUGAGCCCACUGAUCUGUGUAACCCAUCUCCUUGCGGACCAAACAGUGAGUGUCGGGUCAAUAACGGUGUUUCAGUCUGUUCCUGUCGACCAACAUUUGUUGGUUCUCCACCAAAUUGCCGACCAGAAUGUGUUGUUAAUUCAGAAUGUCCUUCGCAUCAAGCUUGUAUUAAACAGAAAUGUACUGAUGCUUGCGUUGAUGUUUGUGGUACUAAUGCAAAUUGCAAAUCUAUCAAUCACAAUCCAAUUUGCUUUUGCGAUAGCGGUUAUACCGGAAAUCCAUUCACAAGGUGUAUUCCAUCAAUUGUAUCAUCUCAGCCACUUCAAAAUCCUUGUGUGCCAUCGCCAUGCGGUGCUAAUGCCAUUUGCCAACAAAUUGGUGAAACUGCAGCGUGCACUUGCUCACCAAAUUAUAUCGGAAGUCCACCAAAUUGUCGACCAGAAUGUACCAUCAACUCAGAUUGCCUUCCUAAUAAAGCCUGUAUGCAAGAAAGAUGUAAAGACCCUUGUCAAGGAUCGUGUGGUUUUGAUGCUACUUGUAUAGUACACAAUCAUGUGCCAAUUUGCACCUGCCGUGAAGGUUAUUCUGGAAAUCCUUUCGAACAAUGCCGCAUUGUACCGACGCAAUUUGAACCUACCGAAGUUGAUUUAUGUAGUACUAAUCUCUGCGGAUCAAACGCACUUUGCAACAAUGGUAUUUGCACAUGUAUGUCCGAAUUUUAUGGCGAUCCUUAUAUUGGUUGCCGACCAGAAUGUGUACUCAACACAGACUGUCCUCGUGAUAAAACUUGUGUUCGAAACAAAUGUCAGAACCCUUGUCCAGAACCAUGUGCUUUCAAUGCACUCUGUACGGUUGUAAAUCACGUUCCUAUAUGCAGUUGUCCAACAGGUUUUGAAGGAAAUGCAUUUGUACAAUGCACUCCUCAAAGAGAUCAAGAGAUAAAUUUAUCUCCUUGCACUAAAUCUCCUUGCGGACCAAAUAGUAUUUGCCGACCGAUCAAUAGUCAAGCAGUAUGUUCUUGCAUUCAAGGUUAUCUUGGUAGUCCACCGUUGUGUCAUCCAGAAUGUACAACUAGUUCAGAAUGCUCUUUAAACCAAGCUUGUGUGAAUCAAAAGUGUGUCGAUCCAUGCAUUGGAGUAUGUGGUAUUGAUGCCAUAUGCAAAGUAGUAAACCAUAAUCCUAUAUGUCAUUGUUUAUCACAAUUCACUGGAAAUCCAUUCUCACAAUGCAUACCUAUACCGGACACACUACCUGAACCAAUUAAUCCUUGUCAACCAUCACCGUGUGGUCCGAAUGCAUUAUGCCAAGUAAAUAACGAAUCUCCAUCGUGUAGUUGCUUAUCCGAAUUUAUAGGUUCGCCACCAAAUUGUAGACCCGAAUGCGUAAGCAAUAGUGAAUGCUCAGGUCAUCAAGCUUGCAUUAAUAAAAAAUGCAGAGAUCCAUGUUCAGAUUAUUGUGGUAUAAAUGCAAAAUGUCGAACUGUUAGUCAUGUGUCAAUGUGUUAUUGUCCUAGUCAAUAUACUGGUGAUCCAUUUGUUGAAUGUUAUAUUAAACCAAUCGAUAUUCCUGCUAUAUCCGAACAACAUCCUUGUCAGUUAAAUCCUUGUGGAGCAAAUGCUAAAUGCAUUGAACAGAAUGGCGCUGGUGCCUGUAUAUGUAAUUCUGAUUACACUGGUAAUCCUUAUACAGGUUGCAGACCAGAGUGCAUCGUUAGUAGCGAUUGCCCAGCGAAUCUCGCUUGUAUUAAUUCGAAAUGCAAGGAUCCGUGUCCUGGUACUUGUGGGUCGAAUGCACAGUGUCAAUGUAUCAAUCAUGUAGCCAUUUGUUCUUGUUAUGCUGGUUACAGUGGCGACCCUUAUCAAUUAUGUCAAAUUUUAGAACCGAUUGCCAAUAACCCAAUCAACCCAUGUUCUACAACGUAUUGUGGACCAAACAGUCAGUGUAGAGAAAUUAAUAAUAUAGCAGUAUGCUCAUGUUUACCUGAAUACACGGGCAGUCCACCAGCCUGUAGACCUGAAUGUGUUAGUAGUUCAGAAUGCUCAUCAACAAAAGCAUGUAUCAAUCAAAAAUGCGUUAACCCAUGUCCAGCUGUCUGUGGUCAGAAUUCCAAUUGUAGAGUCAUUAAUCAUUCUCCUCAUUGUACAUGUAUACCAGGUUACACCGGUGAUCCGUUCAGUAUUUGUUUCCAAAGUCCCCCUACUCCAUCACAUACAGAACCGGUAAUUUUACAAAAUCCAUGCAUCUCUUCGCCUUGCGGUCUGAAUGCGGACUGUCGUGAUUUAGGCGGAAUACCAUCUUGCGCGUGUAAAGAUACAUUUAUUGGCUCUCCACCAAAUUGCAAACCAGAAUGUACUAUCAACUCCGAAUGCUCUGCUAAUUUAGCCUGUAUUAGGCAAAAGUGCCAUGAUCCGUGUCCAGGUUCUUGUGGUAUAUCGGCUAUAUGUAAUGUAAUUAAUCAUAUUCCGAUAUGUUUGUGUCCGGAUGGUUAUACCGGAAAUCCUUUCAAACUUUGUAGUAUCAAGUCUGAGAAACCACAAAUAUUAACUGAUGACCUUUGUUCCGAAAUGCAAUGUGGUUUGAAUGCUGUAUGCAAUAAUGGCAAUUGUUCAUGUUUACCCGAAUAUCAAGGUGAUCCAUAUCAAAGUUGCAGACCAGAAUGUGUAAUAAAUAGUGAUUGUGAUUUCAAUAAGGCAUGUCUCAGACAGAAAUGUGUUAAUCCAUGUCAAAAUACUUGUGGUCAAAAUGCAAUUUGUAAUGUGUACAACCAUAUUCCAAUUUGCACUUGCCCUCCUGGUAUGACUGGUAAUGCAUUUACAUUCUGCACUCCCAUUCAAAACAUUGAAGUCUACAAUGACCCAUGCAAUCCGUCACCAUGUGGACCCAAUAGUUUGUGUCGCGAAGUUAACAAACAAGCAGUCUGCACUUGCGUUGUUGGAUAUCUUGGCUCUCCUCCAUCUUGUAGACCAGAAUGCAUCGUUAGCUCGGAAUGUCUUCAGGAUCAAGCUUGUAACAAUCAGAAGUGUGUUAAUCCUUGCCUAGGUGUGUGUGGAAAUCGGGCUCUUUGUAAAGUUAUAAGUCACAACCCAAUAUGCAGCUGUCCUCAAGGCAUGUCUGGAAAUCCAUUCAUAGCAUGUUUUCCGAUUCGUAAGCAUCAACCGUUACCACCGGUAAAUCCUUGUGUACCAUCACCUUGUGGUUUAAAUUCUCAGUGUCAAGUUAGCAACGAUUCGCCAUCUUGCUCAUGUUUACCGAAUUUCCUGGGAACUCCUCCCAAUUGUCGACCAGAAUGUACUAGCAACUCUGAAUGUCCAAAUUAUUUGGCAUGUAUAAAUAAAAAAUGUCAAGACCCAUGUCCUAAUUCUUGUGCACCUAAUGCACGAUGUCAUGUUAUCAGUCACACACCUAAUUGCGUUUGUCCAGUAGGAUAUAUAGGAGAUCCAUUCCACUAUUGCUCAGUGCAAAUUAGUCAAGAACCAUACUCCGUAAAUCCAUGCUUGCCUUCGCCAUGUGGUACAAAUGCCGUUUGUAAAAUUCAACAAAAUGCAGGAUCAUGUACGUGUCUACCAAAUUAUUUUGGCAAUCCAUAUGAAGGAUGUCGUCCUGAAUGCAUAUUAGAUACUGAUUGCCCUGCAAACUUAGCGUGUAUUGGUCAAAGAUGUACAAACCCAUGUUUCGGAGCUUGCGGUCAGAAUACCGAAUGUUACGUACAAAAUCAUUCACCGGUUUGCAUUUGUAUUGAUGGUUAUACUGGAAAUUCACUUAAAUAUUGUCAGCAAAUCCCUCCUGCCCCAUCAAUUCUUAGUCCAUGCAGUACCACACAAUGCGGCCCGUAUUCUCAGUGUCGUGAGAUAAAUGGUCUAGGUGUAUGUUCUUGUCUCUCAGAAUUUUCGGGUUCACCACCAGCAUGUAGACCAGACUGUUUGACGAAUUCUGAUUGUGCACCGACUCUUGCUUGUAUCAAUCAAAAGUGUACUGAUCCUUGUAUUAAUCAAUGCGGUGAACAAGCGAUCUGUCGAGUUUUGAAUCACAGUCCACACUGCACUUGCAAGUUAGGACUCACUGGAGAUCCAUUCUCGCGUUGUUAUUUCUUAGAAUCACCUCCACAACCACCAUCAAAUCCUUGCAUUCCAUCUCCUUGUGGAUUUAAUUCACUAUGUCAAAAUGUAAAUGGGUUGUCAUCCUGCUCUUGUGCUCCAAAUUAUCUGGGCAUGCCACCAAACUGUCGUCCUGAAUGUACAAUCAAUUCAGAUUGCUCAAGUGAUAAAGUGUGCACAAAUGAACAAUGUCAAAAUCCGUGCCCUGGUCUCUGUGGUUCUAAUGCUGUUUGCACAGUUUAUCAACAUACAGCAAUAUGUACCUGUAUGGAAGGUUAUGUAGGAGAUCCAUUCACAAGUUGUCAAUAUAAACCACCUCAAGCACAACUUAGUGAUAUAAUACAAUGCAAUUGUGGCCCCAACGCUAACUGCAUAAAUGAAAUUUGUAAAUGUCAACCAGAAUAUUUUGGAGAUCCUAUUAUCGGUUGCCGACCAGAAUGUAUUAUAAAUACAGAAUGUCCUAAUAAUAGAGCAUGUAUUCAAAAUAAAUGUCAAAAUCCAUGCGUUAACACGUGUGGACAAGAUGCUGAAUGUUAUGUCUCACAGCAUACUCCAACGUGCUAUUGUCCAGUGGGUAAAACUGGUAAUGCAUUUAUUUCAUGUCGAGCAGUACCAGCAAUGCUAGAUCGAAGACCAUGUAUUCCAUCGCCUUGUGGUCCAAACAGCAUAUGCCGUGAAAUAAAUGGCAAUGCUGUUUGCUCGUGCAUUCCUGGAUUUUUAGGAAGUCCACCGUCCUGUAGGCCAGAAUGUACCUUGAACUACGAUUGCGCGAAAGAUCGUGCUUGCAUUAAUCAAAAAUGUAUAGAUCCUUGUUUAGGUGUUUGUGGUCAACAAGCAAUUUGUCAAGUUCAUAAUCAUAAACCUAUAUGCACAUGUCCCGAAAAGCAUUCGGGCAAUCCUUUCAUCAGCUGUCUACCAGAACCAUUAAUAGGGCCACCAGUAAAUCCAUGUCAACCCUCCCCGUGCGGUCCUUACUCAACUUGUCAGGCCAUAAAUGAUUCGCCUUCUUGCACAUGCGAAAGCGGUUUCAUUGGAACACCACCGAAUUGCAGAUCCGAGUGUGUUAGCAAUUCUGAGUGUCCAAUUAGACAAGCAUGUAUGAAUCAGAAAUGCGCCGAUCCUUGCGUGAAUACUUGUGGAGCUAAUGCCGUAUGCAAUGUCGUCAGCCAUACGGCUGUUUGUACAUGCGCAAGUUCCUACAUCGGUGAUCCAUUCACGCAAUGUAUUCCGCCUGCGAUUCCAGAAAAAAUAAACCCAUGUAUCCCCUCACCAUGCGGCUCUAACGCCAAUUGUAGAGAGCAAAAUGGGGUUGGAUCGUGUACAUGUAUACCCGACUACUUUGGAAACCCAUAUGAAGGCUGUGUACCCGAGUGCGUCCAUGACUCUGACUGCUCUUCCUACCUGAGCUGUGUACAGAAAAAGUGCAAAGACCCUUGCCCCGGCGCAUGUGGCCAAAAUGCCGAUUGCACUGUCGUUAAUCACUUGCCCUCGUGUAAAUGUCGCCUAGGAUACACUGGAAAUCCAUUCAGUUUCUGUAAUUUUAUGGCCAUACCCCCUGUAAAGGAGAAUGUUUGUUCUCCAUCACCCUGCGGACCAAAUAGUCAAUGUCAGGAAGUAAACGGUCAAGCCGUAUGCUCGUGUCUGCCUACAUACAUUGGUAGCCCACCUGGAUGUAGACCCGAAUGUAUAAGUAGUGCCGAGUGCCCACCCGAGUUAGCGUGUAAAAAUCACAAGUGCGUGAACCCAUGCCCGAACCCUUGUGGCAUUAGUGCUGAUUGCAAAGUUGUAAAUCAUAGCCCUAUCUGUACUUGUGUCUCAGGAUACACUGGCAAUCCAUUUACACAAUGUAUACCUAUACUACCACCUCAAAUUAUAAAACCAAUUUACGUAAACCCAUGUGUUCCAUCGCCUUGCGGUAAUUACGCUCAGUGUCGUGACGUAAACGGAGCAUCAAUUUGCUCAUGCCUUGAUAAUUACAUUGGUCAACCACCAAAUUGCAGACCCGAGUGUUCCAUACACUCAGAAUGUACCAGUGAUAAAGCAUGUAUCAAUCAUAAAUGUGUUGAUCCUUGUCCGGGAUCUUGUGGAGCUUUCGCUUUAUGUAGUGUGCAUAAUCACGUGCCAAUAUGCACCUGCCCUCAGGGAUACACUGGUGAUCCAUUCACUCAGUGUAACAUUCAACCACCAAUAGCUGAUCCUGUUCUUACUGACAAAUGUAACCCAUCACCUUGCGGUGUAAACGCAUUGUGUAGAGACGGUCAAUGCACUUGUCCGCCAGAAUUCCAAAAAGGAGAUCCCUAUACUGGUUGCCGUCCUGAGUGUGUUCAGAACCCCGAUUGUCCGCGUGAUCGCGCUUGUUUGCAAAGAAAGUGUCAAAAUCCGUGUUCAGGAGCUUGCGCCUCAAAUGCCAUUUGCACGGUCAUUAAUCACGUUCCAAUGUGCAGUUGCCCAGCUGGAUUAACCGGCAACGCAUUUACUCAGUGCACAUCUAUACCACCUGUAAUUCCAACAAACCUGUGCAAUCCAUCACCUUGCGGUCCUAACAGUGAAUGUCGAGCUAUCAAUGGCCAAGCUGUGUGCUCGUGUAUCAGAGGUUACCUUGGUAGUCCUCCAACUUGUAGACCCGAAUGUGUCAUUAGUUCUGAUUGUCUUCAAAAUCAAGCGUGUAACAAUCAAAAAUGUAUAGAUCCGUGUGUUGGUGCCUGCGGAAUUGGCGCUCUAUGUAGAACUAUAAAUCACAACCCAAUCUGUAACUGUCCACUACAGUAUACCGGAAAUCCAUUUGUCAAUUGCACAGACACACCAGUAAUUUCCACAAAUCCUUGUCAACCAUCACCUUGUGGUCCGAAUGCCGAUUGCAAUAUUGUUAAUAACUCGCCAUCUUGUGCUUGUCGAGCCGAAUUCAUUGGAAUUCCACCAAACUGUCGACCUGAAUGUAUCAGUAACAGCGAGUGCGCUAGUCAAUUAGCUUGUAUCAACCAAAGGUGUAGGAAUCCUUGUAUAAAUGCUUGUGGUAGCAACACAGAUUGUACAGUAGUUAGUCAUGUCCCAAUGUGUACUUGUAUUGCAUCGUAUAGUGGUGAUCCAUUUGUUCAGUGUAACCCUAUAAUAAUUCCGCAACCUUCAGUUACUACAAGUCCAUGUCAACCUAGUCCAUGCGGUUCAAAUGCAGAUUGUAGAGUACAAAAUAAUGCAGGAGCUUGUACUUGCAAGCCCAAUUACUUUGGUAAUCCUUACGAAGGUUGUCGUCCAGAAUGUGUUGUAAAUACGGAUUGUUCUUCGAACUUAGCUUCUUGUAUCAGACAGAAAUGCCAAAAUCCUUGCCCUGGUACAUGUGGAACAAAUGCAGACUGUCAAGUUAUCAAUCACAUUCCCAUUUGUAUAUGUUUUGCUGGUUACACUGGAAAUGCAUUCACUUACUGUAGUAUUAUGCAUGAACCUGUAGAACUAGACGAUCCAUGUAAUCCAAACCCAUGUGGUCCAUAUAGUCAAUGUCGUGUAAAUAAUGGAAAAGCUGUUUGUACAUGCUUGUCCGAAUAUAUUGGAACACCACCAAAUUGUCGACCAGAAUGUACUGUCAGCUCGGAAUGUCUACCAAAGAAGGCAUGCGUGAAUAGAAAAUGUGUCGAUCCUUGUAUAGGUGUAUGUGGAUUAAAUACAAAAUGCGAGAUUAUUUACCGUAGUCCUAUUUGCUCAUGCAUAACUGGUUACACUGGAGAUCCAUUCAGUGUAUGUUACGAAUUACCGAAAAUAGAACUAAUUAAAACAAAUCCAUGCUUUCCUUCACCUUGUGGGCCAAAUUCAGUGUGUCAAACUAUUAAUGAUCAAGCAUCAUGUGCUUGUUCACCUACUUUCAUAGGAUCACCACCUUACUGUAGACCAGAAUGUUCUGUCAAUUCCGAUUGUCCUAGUGAUCAAAAUUGUAUCAACAAUAAAUGCCAAGAUCCAUGUCCCGGUUUGUGUGGAUAUCAUGCACAAUGUAAAAUUUACAAUCAUGUACCUGUAUGCUCGUGUCUUGAAACAUAUACUGGCGAUCCGUUUUCGGGAUGCAAUCCGAAACCGAUUGACUCAGUGAUACAUGAUAAACCAAAUGAUUUAUGCUUAAAUUGUGGAUCGAAUACACAAUGCACAAGUGAUGGAUGCUCUUGCUUACCUGAUUACCAUGGUGACCCAUAUAUUGGUUGUCGACCAGAAUGCGUUUUAAAUACAGAUUGUCUAAGAACUCAAGCUUGUAUUAAUAAAAAAUGUACUAAUCCAUGUACUGAUAUUUGUGGACAAAAUGCAGAAUGCGCAGUUGUAAAUCAUAUUCCAAUUUGUACGUGUUUUAAUGGCAUGAUUGGUAAUGCAUUCGUUGCUUGCUAUCCGAAACCUUCUUCAAUAGCUGAAAAUCCAUGCAAUCCAUCACCAUGUGGUUCGAACAGCCAAUGUCGCAAUGUAAAUGGUCAAGCUGUUUGCUCAUGUGUUUUUGGCUACUUAGGCUUACCACCGAACUGUAGACCUGAAUGUAUAUUGAGCUCAGACUGUCCAUUAACGAAGGCAUGCAAUAAUCAAAAAUGUAUAGAUCCAUGUCAAGGAACUUGCGGCAUAAAUGCACGUUGUACUGUGAACAAUCAUAAUCCGAUUUGCAGUUGUCAAGAUGGUUUGACUGGUGAUCCAUUUGCUUUAUGCAGACCAAUGGCUGAACCGCCAAAAUCAACAACUGUUGAUCCUUGCAUACCUUCACCUUGCGGUCCUAAUUCACAAUGUCAAGUAAUGAAUGGUGCACCUUCAUGCUCGUGCUUGCCAGAAAUGAAAGGCACUCCACCAAACUGUCGACCAGAAUGCGUCAGCAACAGCGAGUGCCCAACUCAUUUAGCUUGUAUAAAUGCAAAAUGUCGUGAUCCCUGCCCAGGUUCAUGUGGUACUUUUGCCGAAUGCCGCGUGGUUAGUCACACACCAAUGUGUUCUUGUUUCACUGGUUAUUAUGGAGAUCCAUUCACUGGAUGCGCACCUAUUCAAGAUGUAAUGAUGCCAAACCUCGUUACUCCUUGUCUACCAUCGCCUUGUGGUACGAACGCAGUUUGUCGUACACAGAAUGGAGUAGGAGCUUGCACAUGCGUGCAAGAUUACAUAGGCAAUCCAUACGAUGGAUGUAGACCAGAGUGUGUUAUCAACUCAGAUUGUCCAGCUGACAAAGCAUGUAUUCGUUCAAAAUGUCAGAAUCCAUGUCCUGGAAUAUGUAGUCAGAAUGCUAUAUGUCAUGUAAUAAAUCACGUGGCUCAGUGUACUUGCAAUAUUGGCUUCACUGGAAAUCCAUUUAGUUAUUGUUUACCUCAUAGAGAACCUGAACCACCUGUACAGCCAUGUGUUCCAUCUCCUUGUGGUCCAAACAGCCAAUGUCGCGAGUCUAAUGGACAAGCCGUAUGCACCUGUUUACAAAAAUUCCUGGGAAGUCCACCAUUCUGUCGACCUGAAUGCACAAUCAGCUCAGAAUGUGCAACUAAUAUGGCUUGCGUCAAUAAUAAAUGCGUAGACCCAUGUUCAAAUUCAUGCGGUCUUGCUGCUAAGUGUCAAGUUAUCAAUCAUAGUCCAAUUUGUAGUUGUAAUGAUGGAUUUACUGGAAAUCCAUUCACGAGAUGUUAUCAAACACUUGCCCCUCCAUCGGUAAAACGACCUACAAACCCAUGUGUUCCUUCACCAUGUGGUCCAUUCUCUAUAUGCCAAGAUAUUAGUGGUACACCAGCUUGCACUUGUAAUAACAAUUAUGUGGGAACGCCUCCUAACUGCAGGCCAGAAUGCACUAUAAAUUCAGAAUGCUCAGCAAAUCUAGCUUGCAUAAACGAGAAAUGUAGAGAUCCAUGUCCAGGUUCCUGUGGUAUCAGUGCUAAAUGUUUAGUAGUUAACCAUGUGCCAAUGUGUACUUGCCCCGAGGGUUACGUUGGUGAUCCAUUCGAAAAUUGUCUUCCAAGACCACCAGAACUCCAGCCAGCAAUAGUUGAUCGUUGUAAUCCAUCACCAUGUGGAUCUAAUACACAAUGUAAAGAUGGCAUUUGCGUUUGUAUGCCAGAAUAUUCAGGAGAUCCUUAUAUCGGCUGCCGACCCGAAUGUGUCGUAAGCGAUGAUUGCCCGUAUGAUAAAGCUUGCAUUCAAAGAAAAUGUCAAGAUCCAUGUCUUGGAAUUUGUGCUUAUAACGCUGAAUGUACGGUUAUCAAACAUGCGCCAAUGUGUAGUUGUCCAUCGGGUACAACUGGAAAUGCAUUUACAACAUGCGUUGCAUAUAACCCUCCAGGUCCGACGAGACCGUGUACACCAUCUCCUUGUGGACCAAACAGUAGAUGCCAAGAAAUAAACUAUCAGGCAGUUUGCACGUGCGCUGUAGGUUUUAUUGGCAGUCCACCGACAUGCCGACCUGAGUGUUUGACAAGCUCCGAUUGUCUUCAGAAUCAAGCUUGUGUUAAUCAAAAGUGUACAGAUCCAUGUCCAGGCACUUGUGGCCUUUACGCACACUGCCAAGUUAUAAAUCAUAAUCCUAUAUGUAGUUGCCCAUCAAUUCUCACAGGAGAUCCGUUCACUCAAUGCAUGCCAAUACCGCCAGAGUCUCCUAGUUUAACAAUUAAUCCAUGCAUACCAUCACCAUGUGGUCCAAACUCACAAUGUCAAGUAAUAAACGAUUCGCCAUCGUGCUCAUGUAACCCUGGAUUUCAGGGAUUACCACCAUCUUGUAGACCUGAAUGUGUAAAUAACGAUGAAUGUAGCACGCAACUAAGUUGUAUCAACCAGAAAUGUGUAAAUCCUUGUCUUGGCUCUUGCGGUAAAAAUGCUGAAUGUCGCAUAGUCAAUCAUAUAGCACAAUGUAAUUGCGUGCAAGAUUUUGUCGGCGAUCCAUUUGUAGAAUGUAGCCAACAACCAUUGUACAAACCAGAACCAUGUGAACCAUCUCCAUGCGGAGUGAAUGCCAUUUGCCGUACACAAAAUGAAGCAGGUUCCUGCUCUUGUAUGAGCAAUUAUGUAGGCAAUCCUUAUGACGGUUGCCGGCCAGAAUGUAUAGUUAAUUCUGAUUGCCCUGCCAAUCGAGCUUGUAUUAAUACUAGAUGUCAAGAUCCAUGUCCAGGAAGAUGUGGCUUAAACGCCGUUUGUCAAGUAGUCAAUCAUUUGCCUAUGUGCGUGUGCAUACAAGGUUUCUUCGGCAAUCCAUAUGCACAAUGUACAUUACAAACAGAACCAGAAUUGCCGGCAUCAGUCAACCCAUGCACACCAUCACCCUGCGGACCUAAUUCUAUAUGUCGCGAGAACAAUGACCAAGCAAUCUGCACAUGCAAACCGGAAUUUACAGGAAGUCCACCAAAUUGUAGACCUGAAUGUGUAUUGAAUUCGGAAUGUCGUGCAGAAUUAGCUUGUAUUAAUCAAAAAUGUAAAAAUCCGUGCGAAGGCGCAUGUGGUGUGCGAGCUCUAUGCAAAAUUAUCAAUCACAGUCCAAUAUGUAUGUGUCCAAUCGAAAUGACAGGAGAUCCAUUCCGCAAAUGUAUUUUACAAGAACCUGUUGAAGCAGAAAUAAAAGACCCGUGUAAUCCAUCACCAUGCGGUCAAAAUUCAUUGUGUAGAGUAAUCGGAGAUAAUGCAGUAUGUACUUGCAUAAAUAAUUAUAUUGGCACCCCACCUUAUUGCCGACCAGAAUGUUCGAUUCAUCAAGAUUGUACAAGUGACAAAGCUUGUAUCCGAGAAAAAUGUAGAGAUCCGUGCCCAGGCUCAUGCGGUUCUAAUGCACGUUGCAGUGUAUUGAACCAUGUACCAAAUUGUGUUUGCCUUGAAGGUUUUACAGGAGAUCCGUUUAGUAAUUGCUAUCCUAAACCAAUAGAAUCACCAAUCGUUCCCCAGGAACAGUGUACAUUCUCUCUCUGCGGUUCAAAUGCCCAAUGUAGAGAAGGAAUCUGUACAUGCUUACCAGAAUACUUUGGAGACGCAUACAGCGGAUGUCGACCCGAAUGCGUUCAAAAUUCUGAAUGUUCGCGCGACAAAGCUUGUAUUCGUAACAAGUGUAUGAAUCCCUGCGUAAAUGCAUGCGCCCCAAACGCAGAUUGCACAGUCGUCAAUCACUUGCCAAUGUGUAGCUGUCCCGCAGAUAUGACUGGAAACGCAUUUGCUCUAUGCGUCAAUCUUCGAUAUAUACCCGAACGCGUGGAUGCUUGCAAUCCAUCACCAUGCGGCCCUAACAGUGAUUGUCGACAGUUCAAUAAUCAAGCCGUAUGCACUUGCUUAUCUGGUUACUCGGGCACUCCUCCAUCGUGCAGGCCAGAGUGCGUUGUAAAUAGCGAUUGUCCGAAGAACCGCGCUUGCCAGAGUUUUAGAUGUAUGGACCCUUGUCCAGGAUCUUGCGGUUUCGAAGCCUUAUGUACAGUUGUUAAUCAUUCUCCAAUAUGUAGUUGCCGGCCCCAAUAUACCGGUGAUCCAUUUAUAAACUGCAUACCAACUCCGUUAUUACCUCCCUCGCAAGAGAAACCCUGUGAACCAUCACCUUGCGGUCCAAGAUCUCAAUGUAAAGUGGUGAACAAUCUGGCUUCGUGUUCGUGCAAGCCGGAAUACAUUGGUUCACCGCCCAACUGUAGACCCGAGUGUAUUAGUAACAGUGAAUGUCCUAGUCAAUUAGCUUGUAUUAAUUAUAAGUGUACAGAUCCGUGCCCAGGCUCAUGCGGCACAAAUGCCGAGUGCUCGGUACUUAGUCAUAAUGCCAAUUGCGCAUGCCGCACGGGAUACCAAGGAGAUCCAUUUAUUCAGUGUGUUUUAAAACCUGGUGAGCGUCCCGCACCAACAAGACCAAGCAUAUCGAUAUGCACACCAUCCACCUGUGGCUCCAAUGCGGUGUGUCGUGUUGUAGAGGAAAUAGCUACAUGUUCUUGUUAUACCGAUUAUUACGGAAACCCUUACGAUGGUUGCAAACCCGAGUGUUUAGUUGAUACAGAUUGUCCUCUCAACUUAGCUUGUAAUAGAUUAAAGUGUCGUGAUCCUUGCCCCGGUAGUUGUGCUGAUAAUGCGAUCUGUCAGGUAGUCAAUCAUCGGCCAAUGUGUUCCUGUUUACCAGGUUAUACAGGAAGUCCGUACUCGCACUGUAUUUUCAUCCCAGUCAAGCCAGCUACAGAAGUAAAUCCAUGUAUUCCUUCCCCUUGUGGCCCGAACAGUGUAUGCCGUACUUCCAACGGAAAAGCAAACUGUUUUUGCUUGUCACCGAAUGUCGAAGGUCCAAACGGUUGUCGACCCGAGUGUGUCACAAACUCUGAAUGCCCAAUAGAUCGUGCAUGUAUCAAUCAGAAAUGUCAGGAUCCAUGCUUAGGUGUUUGCGGUUUAAGCGCUCGCUGUCAAACUAUUAGUCACAAUCCAGUUUGCUCGUGUUUACCGGAGGAAACUGGAGAUCCGUUUGUAAAGUGUUUCAGAUUGAUCCAAACUCCAGAACCAGUAAAUCCAUGUGUACCAUCUCCGUGUGGUCCAUUUGCGGUUUGUCAAGAUCUCGGUGGAUAUCCUUCGUGUUCUUGUACUCAAGGAUACAUUGGUUCACCACCCAAUUGUCGCCCAGAGUGUCGAAUUAACUCCGAAUGUAACAGCGAUCAAGCUUGUAUUAGAGAAAAGUGUAGGGAUCCUUGUCCAGGCUCUUGUGGUUACAAUGCCGAUUGCCGUGCCUUAAAUCACAAUGCUAUCUGUACGUGUCGGGAGGGUUACACGGGCGAUCCAUUCACAAAUUGUUAUUCGAAACCACUAACCUUACCACCAGCGACCCAAGAUCCUUGCAACCCAUCACCCUGUGGAUCUAAUGCUCAGUGCAAUAAUGGCAUAUGCACAUGCCUCUCAGACUACUUCGGUGAUCCUUACGCAAGUUGUAGACCCGAAUGUGUACAAAAUUCCGAUUGUUCUGCAAACAAAGCUUGUAUUAAUUACAAAUGCACUGACCCUUGUCCUGGUAUUUGUGGUCAGAACGCUGUGUGCAAUGUUAUCAAUCAUAUUGCCAUGUGUAAUUGCCUUGAUAAUUAUGAGGGCAAUCCCUUUAGUCAAUGUAACCGGAUAACCAGUAAGUUUAUGAUACAAUCCAAAUUUUUGUGUGAAAUCUUACAAAAACCUCCAAAUGCUAAAGCAUGCGCACUGUCACCUUGCGGUCCACACUCUGUGUGUCGCGAGUAUGGUGAUCAAGCUAUGUGCACAUGCCAGCAAGGUUACUUAGGUGAACCACCUUACUGUAGGCCUGAGUGCCUCGUCAGUUCUGACUGCGAACAAUCUUUAGCUUGUAUCAAUCAACAUUGUCGAGAUCCUUGUCCUGGCUCUUGCGCACCAAACGCCCGAUGCUACGUUAGGAAUCAUAACCCAAUUUGCAUUUGCCCAGCCGAAUACACCGGCAAUCCCUUCACCUAUUGCAACAAACCAGAACCGGAACCCAACCCCCGACCCGCAGACCCUUGCCACCCAUCGCCGUGCGGUGCCAACAGUCGCUGCCAAUCAUCACUCAACGGCACAAAAGCCCUGUGCUCGUGUCUGCCCAACUACUUUGGCACUGGCAAUCAAGACUGCAGACCCGAGUGUUACGUCAACAGUGAUUGCCCUUACGAUCGCGCCUGCCUCCGACAGAAGUGUGUUGACCCAUGUACCAAUGGACCAUGUGGCACAUCUGCCAUAUGUAAAGCCAUUGCUCAUAGAGCUAACUGCGAGUGUCUUCCUGGAUUAGUGGGCAAUCCAUUUGUUGCCUGCGUUACCAAUGUAGAUCCAACACCUCCAUCAACUCAGCAGCGCCCAUGCUUCCCAUCACCGUGCGGUGUCAAUACCUAUUGCCGAGAACGCUAUAACUCGGCAAUUUGCGAGUGUAUUCCGGAUCAUCGUGGGGAUCCAUGGGUCGGAUGUCACCCUGAGUGCGUGGCCAAUACUGACUGUCCCAACUCACAGGCGUGCCUCAGGCACAAGUGUAUCGACCCUUGCAGUGGUACCUGUGGUAUUGGCGCUGUUUGCUCAGUGUCUAAUCACGUGCCUAUCUGUUCGUGCCCGUAUCCACUCGUGGGCGAUGCCUUCACACAGUGUAAAGAGCCAACUGACAUAGGAAAGCACAGCCCGUGCCUGCCCAACAUCUGCGGCCCUCAAACCAUCUGUGAGAAUGUUAAUGGACAAGCUAUCUGCCGUUGUCUACCUGGACUACUUGGUGAUCCGGCUGAUAUUGCUGGUUGCCACGCAGAAUGUGUACUCAGUUCGGAUUGUGCUGCCGACAAGACAUGCGUCAAUUUCCACUGCAAGAAUCCUUGUCUCGAGAACGUCUGCGGCGCUAGGGCUACUUGCCGUGCCAUCAAUCACAGUCCACUCUGUAGCUGCCCACUUCCUCUUAUUGGUAAUCCGUUUGAGGAAUGCUACGAAGGAAAUGAACCAUGUAAUCCAAGUCCAUGCUCGAGUAACGGCGAGUGUCGCGUACGUGGAGGUGUUGCCAUCUGCAUUUAUCCUGAGUGCGUGGUUAACUCCGACUGUAGCCGCGACAGAGCUUGCUACUCGCAAAAAUGUCGCGACCCUUGUAUCGGAGCUUGUGGUAUCAAUGCCAUUUGCCGUACUGUCAAUCACAAUGCUGUAUGCUCCUGUCCCGCUGGAUAUUAUGGCAGUCCACACAUCGAGUGCAAAUACGAAUCCGUUACCCCACCAAAACCAGAAUGCAUUGACAACUCGGAAUGUGCCAAUGAUCAAACCUGCUAUAACCAGAAAUGUGUCAAUCCAUGCACCCUUGACACUUGUGGACAGAACAGCCAGUGUCACGUACAAUUCCAUCGUGCCGUUUGCUCGUGCGAGGAAGGCUACACUGGAAAUGCUCAUCAAUACUGUCGCGAACUGGGCUGUCGUAGCAACGACGAGUGUCCGUUGAGUCAAUCUUGCGUCAACAGUGAAUGUGUGGACGCUUGUCUGAUAACUCAGUGUGGCGUGAAUGCGCUGUGCCACGUGGAUGGUUUUCACAAGGCUCGUUGCUACUGCCAGGACGGCUUCUAUGGCAACCCAUACGAUCGUUGCGAGAGGCCAGAAUGCACGAGCAACAGCGAAUGCGCUUACAAUCUAGCCUGUCAGAACAAUCGUUGUGUCAGUCCGUGCAACUGUCCAGCAAGUGCCGAGUGCCAUGUGCUCAACCACAGAGCCUCGUGCAGAUGUCCGCCAGGCUACGUUGGCGAUGCUUACACGGAUUGUCGACGAGUAAUAGAGAAUCCUGAGUGUAGAACAGACGCGGAUUGUCCCAGCAAGCUGGCUUGCUUCAACGACGUGUGCAAGAAUCCAUGCGUCGUCUCGAAACCAUGCAUAGCCAACGCGAUGUGCACGGUAAUCGACACCUUGCCCAUGAGAACCAUGGUGUGCGAGUGUCCGCGAGACUUUGCUGGCGACGCUACAAGAUCGUGCGUCAAAACUGACACUUCCGUCCAAGUGCACUGCCAAUCCGACUCGGAAUGCUCACCAGACGCAGCUUGUCUCAACAGGCAGUGUGUGAGCCCGUGUCUUGCCAAUCCUUGCGCUCAUACAGCCGAGUGUCGCGUGCAAAAUCAUCGACACGUAUGCGAAUGCGCGGCCGGUUACGUUGGCAAUCCAUACAUCGACUGCCAACCCGAUAGCGUACCACAUCCCGAGUGUCGCUCCAACUCGCAAUGCCCGCCCGACAAAGCUUGCAUCAAUAAGAUCUGCCAGAACCCGUGCAUGAACAACAGGUGUGGCUUGAACGCCGAGUGCGUCACCAUUCAGCACCAUCCCAUUUGUCAGUGUCAGCAGGGACUCGCUGGUAAUCCACAAGUUCAGUGCUUCGAUGUCGAAUGCAAGUCGGACAGCGAUUGCCCGUACGACAAAUCAUGCCGCGACAGCGUAUGCGUGACACCGUGCCUGACCGACAACAUCGUGUGCGGUCGUGACGCUGAGUGCGUCGCCGUUGCCCAUCGAGCCCAAUGCUCUUGCCCAGUGGGUACGCAGGGCGACGCUCGUAUCGCUUGCACCAUGGCGCGCUGCCAGUACAACGAGGAUUGCGCCGAUCACGAGAUCUGUGAGCGAUUCAAUCGUGUCUGCCGACCGGCUUGCGACGACGACAGCUGCGGCUCCAAUGCCGUUUGCCAGGCACGCAAUCAUCAGCCAAGGUGUAGCUGUAGGUCUGGUGCCUAUGGCAAUCCUUACGACGAGUGCGAACCGAGAACUAAACCGCCACCUCAACCGGAGUGCACCGAAGACAGCGAGUGCCCCACGACGGAAGCCUGUAUCAAUGCCGUUUGUACGGAUCCGUGCGCCCUUUCCAACACCUGCAGCGAGGAGCAGGAGUGCCGUGUACUCGGCACUGUGCCCGUGCGUACGAUGAUCUGUCAGUGUCCAGCUGAUACCGUCGUUGAUUCCAAUGGCAAAUGCAAGAGAAUCGAUAUUAAAUUAGGAUGCACCGCAGACGAAGAGUGUAGCGACAAUCAGAAGUGCUUGCGAGGCAAUUGCGUUGACGCGUGUCACGUGAUGCGCUGCGGUUACAACGCUCAAUGCAGAGCGGAAUACCAUACCGGCAAGUGCGUGUGUCCAUCCGACUAUACCGGCAAUCCUUACGUCGAAUGCUCGAUAGGUAAUUUAUUGGUCGUCGAAGUCAAGUUGUUCCUUUUGGCGGAUCUAUCGAGCGAGCCACUUUCUUCUUCUCUUCUAGUGACCGUACCGCCGAUGCCGCCUGUCCAACCCGAGUGCUACUCGAACGACGAAUGCAGCCACGACCGACAAUGUAUAAACUCGAUAUGCGCCAAUCCGUGCGUGCACAGUGACGUGUGCGGUCAAAACUCGUUUUGUCACGUCGACGAACACGUCGCCGUGUGCCGUUGUCCAGACCAUUACAUGGGCGACGCGAGAGUCGAGUGUAUACCACCGGCGAUCGUCGUGCAGUGCAGAUCUAACAGCGAAUGCGCUGGUACCGAGUCGUGCUUCAACGGACUCUGUAUAAAUCCUUGCAACUGCGGAUCUAACGCCAAAUGCUACGUCAACAAUCAUCAUCCAAGCUGCGCGUGCUUGCCUGGUUAUUCUGGCAACCCUCAACUCGGAUGUAUCAAACUGGAAUGCGAGUCGGACACGGACUGCCCAUACAGCGACACCUGCUACAACAACCGGUGCAUAAGUCCGUGCGUGAUCGACAACCGUUGCGCCAUCAACGCGGAGUGCACAGGCAAGAAUCACCGGGCCACGUGCAAGUGCAAUCAAGGCUACAUGGGCAAUCCCGAGGUAUCGUGCGAGCGGCCCGAGUGUACAUCCCACUACGACUGCCCGUCCAACUUGGCCUGCCAGAGCCUGCGUUGCGUGAACCCGUGCGCCGUCGAGUCGCCGUGCGCUCGCAACGCCGAGUGCUACGUUUCUAAUCACGAGGCCGCGUGCAGGUGCCCGGAAUACCUGCCGUCGGGCAACCCGUACUCGUACUGCGAGAAGAAGACGCGCCUGGAAGCCGAGUGCCGGCAGGACGCCGACUGCCCGAGCCGACUGGCUUGCAUCAACGAGAAAUGCGUGGAGCCGUGCCCGGUGAUCAGGCCCUGCGCGGAGAACGCCAAGUGCAGCGUGCUCGACACCGUGCCCGUCAGAACGAUGGUCUGCACGUGUCCGCCUGGAUGGUUCACCGACUCCGACGGAGUCUGCCGCAUCGUGCCGAUCGAGGGCCGAGGGGUGUGCACGUCCGACGACGAGUGCCCGGACGACAAGUCGUGCAUCAACCGGCUGUGCCGCGAGCCGUGCAGCUGCGGCGCCAACGCCGUGUGCCACGCGAAGAACCACCGCGCGAGCUGCUCGUGCGAGCCCGGCCACGUGGGCAACCCCGAGGUGGCCUGCCACAGCGUCGAGUGCGAGCGCGACUCCGAGUGCGACUCCGACAAGUCGUGCGUGAACAGGAGCUGCGUGAACCCGUGCCUGCUGUCGGACGCGUGCGGGCCGCACGCCGAGUGCUACGUGUCCAACCACCUGGCCGAGUGCCGCUGCAGGAGCGGGCACUACGGCAACGCUCAGCGCGGCGACUGCCGGGCGAUCGGCUGCUACAGCAACAGCGACUGCCCGAGCGAGCACGCCUGCGUGAACAUGCAGUGCGUGAACCCGUGCCUGCGCGACGACACCUGCUCGCACCGGGCCGAGUGCCACGUGAGGAACCACCUGCCGAUCUGCAGGUGCGCGCCCGGCUACAGGGGCAACCCGUACGAGGCGUGCGAGCCCGUGGAGGUGCCCGAGUGCCGCGAGGACGCCGACUGCCCGGGGCUGCUGGCCUGCCUGAACAGCCGCUGCCAGAACGCCUGCGCCGUGAUCGAGCCCUGCUACCGGCCGUCCACCUGCAAGGUGCUGCCCAGCCUGCCCGUCCGCACGAUGGUCUGCGAGUGCCCGAGCGGCUACAUCAGCAGCGGCAGCGGCACCUGCAAGAUCAUCCCCGUCGUGCGCGUCGAGUGCAGGACCGACUCGGACUGCCCGUCCGACCGGGCCUGCGUGGCCGCCGUCUGCGCGGAGCCUUGCGCCUGCGGCACCAAUGCCGUCUGCAGCGUCAUCGACCACCGGGCGGUCUGCUCGUGCAUCGCCGGCUACGACGGCGUGCCCGAGGUCGAGUGUCUGCCGGUCGGACAGUGCAGGUCGAGCGCCGAGUGCCCGGGCACUCACCAGUGCAUCAACCGGCUCUGCGUGGAAGUGUGCACGCCCUCGCUGGAGGCCUGCGGCAAGAACGCCGACUGCUGCGGCAUCAAUCACAGGGCGGUCUGCGAGUGCCCGCCCGGCACCACCGGCAAUCCGUUCCACCUGUGCGCGCCCAUCAUCGGCUGUCGCAAGGACUCCGAGUGCCCGUCCGACAAGGCCUGCGUAAACGAGCUGUGCGUCAGCCCGUGCGCCGACAAUCCCUGCGACAAGGACUCCGAGUGUCACGUCUACGAUCACGUCGUCGAGUGUGCCUGUCCACCCGGGCACGUUGCCGCCGACGUUGGCUUCUGCGUGGCCGUCGGUUGCAGAAGCGACGACGAGUGUCCGCAUCAUCAGUCCUGCAUCAACGACAAGUGCGUGAACCCGUGCGCGGUCAUCAAUCCCUGCGGUGUCAACGCUAUCUGCGAGGUCCUCGAUACGCAUCCAAUCAGAACGAUGACUUGCGAGUGUUUGCCCGGCUACCACGGCAAUGCCGUCGAGCGCUGCGAGCCAAGAUGCGUCUUGAAGAAGGGACAAGUCCACAACGAGUUUGGAGAGUGCGUCUGUCCACCGUAUCACACGAUAAACGAGGAAGGGGAAUGCAUUCCAUGCCAACCUGAGUACGGAGUAAUCACGAAUAACGAGUGCAAGCCCCGAAAGAUAAAAGACUUCAAGAAGAACAUGAGCGUCAAGUGUCUGUCGGACGGGGUUUUAGUGAGAUUGACUGGUGAAGGCGAGCCGUUCGAUGGAAUCAUGUACGUUAAAUACUACAGCUCCGACGAGGAAUGUCGACGAGAUCUGACGCUUCGCGAGAGCGAGCCUAUUUCGGAAGAGUUCAAGGUGGCCUUUGGUACUUGCGGACUGACCCAUGUUAAUGGAGUCGCCACAUUCACCCUCAUAAUCCAGAGUCAUAAGAAGCUCAUGACAUACAACGCUCAAGCGUAUAGCAUCAAGUGCAUCUACCAGAUCGGCGAGCAAAACAUAACGUUGGGCUUCAAUGUGUCGAUGAUGACAACGGCCGGCACGAUAGCCAAUACAGGACCGCCGCCGGUGUGCACAAUGCGAAUCAUCAGCGAGAACGGAAGUAACGUGAACGAAGCCGAGAUCGGUGACGGUCUACGGCUCGAGGUCGAAGUUACGCCAACCACGAUCUACGGUGGCUUUGCUCGCUCGUGCGUGGCCAAGACGUCGGACAACAACACGGAGAGCGAGUAUCUGGUGACGGACGAGAACGGCUGCGCCACCGAUCCCUCCAUCUUCGGCCAGUGGCAGCAAGACGACGAUCAGAAACUCACUGCCAGCUUCAACGCCUUCAAGUUUCCAAGUAGCGAUAACAUACGCUUCCUGUGCAACAUUCGCGUGUGCUUUGGAAGGUGUCAACCGGUCAACUGCGGAGGAAGAAAUGCCUUUGGCCGUAAACGUAGGGACACGAUAGGUGACAACGAGACUGCCAUGAAUCUACCUGAUAAUAUUAUCGGAGACGAGCGUGGAAACAUAGAGGUCAGCUCUAACUUGAUUCGCACGGUCGAGCGGCGGGAGGACAGAUAUUCGCUUUAUCCACCAAGCGAUCCAGCGCCGCGGCUGUCGGAAGACGUGUGUGUUUCCAUGAUUGGCUUCAUCAUUUCCCUGAUACUUACGGCACUUUUGGCACUAGUCGCUGUGGCUAUUGCUGUGUCAUGUUGGCUGAUGGCCUAUCGCCGCCAGCCAAAGACUGCCGGACCACUGCCACACCCGCCAGAGUUCCCUAAUCCCUUGUUCACCACCGAAUCGGUGGCCGAACCCUCGCCCGACUACUAUAUGUCAUAAAACAACUAAUAGAUUUUUUUUUUCAAUGCUCACUCGAAACUUCUUCCUCUCUCUCUCUCUCUUUACGGUCGGCGAGGGUUUUGUUUUUACGAAAAAGCGAAAAAAGCAAGAAUUAUUUUUUUUAUACGAAAUUAAAACUCAUCUCUUAGAUAUUAAUAAUUAUGUUAUAAAUAACAUUAAUUUUAUACUACGAUGAUUAAAUAAAGUAUGUGAAUCGUGAGAAAGAAAAAAAGAAAUGCGCCAAGGAGAAGGCGGUCACUCGUCCUACCGAUCACCGGCUCUGCGGUCCUAGCAUUUCUUUUGCGUGCAUCUCCUCCAGUGACUUGCGACUCCUCCUUUCCCACCAAAUGCAUAUAUACAUAUUGUAUUUUAUUAUUUUCUCGCUCAGGGUAUAAUUAUAUGACUGCAUAGGUGCGAAUGAAUGACGACGGUGUUGCUUAGGCGUCAGUAGCCCGCCAUGUUGGAGUUUUGUUAGUUUAUUAUUAUUAUUGUACUUCGAGGUGAUGGUCUUCAAAUCCCAUUAUCUGUAUGAGUGCGCGAGAAAAUUUCUAUUCUGUCACUACGUCUUUAUCUACUCAUCUCUAGAUCUCUUCCAAACUUCUCUUUUUAUAAAUAUAUACUCUAGUCAAUGGAGGAUUUGUUUUUAUAAAUAUUAUAUAAUUGUACACCAAGAAUUUAAUUUCUAUGUAAAGAUGAUUAAACGAAAUAGUCUAAUAAUAGCUUUUUGAACUUAUUGUAGGAAAUUGUA